CAGGCCCGCCCCUUGCCGGCCGGGAGAGGCGAGGAAGGGCGGGCAGAGGGAGGGACGGACGGACGGAAGCCGCCGGGCUCGGGCCGCCGGUGGCCCUUUGGGCUAGGAGGAGCCUGGCGGGCCGGGCCAAGAGAAUGGGAGUGAGCUUGGAGGGCGGCGGAGGCGGCGGCGGCGGCAGGAGGAGGAGCAGCCCAGGUAGAGACGGCGGGCUGGAGGGGACGAGCCGGAGAGCGGGGAGGAGGAGAAGGAGGUCCGCCGGCAUGUCCUGCGGAUGGGAGGGCCGCGAGACCUGCACGAGCUGGAGGCGCUCUGCGCUUCCCAUUCCCUGCCCCUUUCUUCUGGCGCCUGCCAGGACACAGUCGCACCUUCCGCAGCCGGCAGAAGCGGUCGCUAAUCCUGCACCGCUCGCCCUUCACCUGCCUCCCCCCGUAUAGCCAAAGAAAUCCCUCUCGCCAGAGACUGCGGGCAGCUCCGUGCGCAAGAGCAGACAGACAAUAAACAAGCCCUUCCCCUCGCGCGCGCGCCCCCUCUCCUCUCCAGCCUUGACUAUGACGACAUCGCCAAAUGCGCGCAGGGAAGCCCCCGCAGCGCGCGCCGCCCCAGUCGCGAGGUUUCUCAUUUGGAGUUCCGCGAGGGUUCCAGAACGCCCCGCUCCGAUCCCGCGGCUGAGAAAGGGCUCCAGAACGCGCUGGGGGAAAAGGAUGAGGAGCGUGGGAGUUUCCCAGCAUGCACCCCUCCUCCUCCUCCUGCACUGUGUUGUCUUGGUUCCCAGCCUCCCUUGCACACAGGUGGUUCUGUGGAGACCUGCCAUUCUGGGCAAGCUGGAUGAAACAGAAAUUGCCGCCCCCUCCAGUACAAAGUGCUUUUUUUUGGACGGCAGCCCCAUAUAAUAAAUUGGCCUGUGAGAAAGGCCUACUGAGCUGGGUAGGGUUUGCUUCUGUGGCGCUGUGGGUUAAACCACAGAGCCUAGGACUUGCCGAUCCGAAGGUUGACGGUUCAAAUCCCCGUGAUGGGGUGAGCUCCCGUUACUUGGUUCCUGCUCCUCCCAACAUAGCAGUAUGAAAGCAUGUCAAAGUGCAAGUAGAUAAAUAGGUACCGCCCUGGCGGGAAGGUAAAUGAGUUUGAAAACAGGAGCAAAGGUUUCCCCAAGUGUCACCUAGACUUUAAGAGAAGUAAUGGAUCCUCGUUAUUUUUAAAGAACCAACAGCUCAUGGUUAUGCUGGUGGAGGGGUUUUUUGGAGGAGGGCCUGGUGGCAGUGCCGGAUUUACGUAUGAGCUAAACAAGCUAUAGCUUAGGGCCCCACUCUCUUGGGGACCCCAAAAAAAUUUAAAGGAAAAAAUAAACUGGAUGUACAUUUGCAAAAUAUAAGAUAAAAAACAAAUAAAAUAAAACCUACAUACAGCAACAGUGUUUUGUGUUGUGUAGGCUCCUAUGAUGUAAGUAAUGGGCCGCGCCUGCUAACCUGCUCCGUAAAAUAUCACUGGUUUGCUCAUUUCUAUAUACAGUGGUACCUCGGGUUACAUACGCUUCAGGUUACAUACGCUUCAGGUUACAGACUCUGCUAACCCAGAAAUAGUACCUUGGGUUAAGAACUUUGCUUCAGGAUGAGAACAGAAAUUGUGCUCCUGCGGUGUGGCAGCAGCGGGAGGCCCCAUUAGCUAAAGUGGUGCUUCAGGUUAAGAACAGUUUCAGUUUAAGAACGGAUCUCCGGAACAAAUUAAGUACAUAACCAGAGGUACCACUGUAUAGGGUGCCUACAUUCUGCAUGGACUGGUCCAUAAAUUAUCAUAUAGCAUAUAUUCAACACAAAAAAUAGUGACAAUUUGUUGUUGACAAAGGACAGCUGGACAUAUAAAGGGCCCCAUUACCUUCAGUAGCUUAGGGCCUCAUCAAACCUAAAUCGGGCCCUGCCUGGUGGCUAUAUUAUUUCCAACUUUUUCUCCUUUUUAUAUUGCUCUGUUGCUCUCUGGUCCUGCUUACUGGCUUCCCAUAGGAAUUGUGUCAACCAGGAAGAAUGCUGGACUAGAAAGGCCUGUGGUCUGAUCCACAGCAUGGCUUUUUAAUGUUUUACACGGGUUCUGUUGUUACAUGCCUGGGGUAUUUAUAUUGAAAGAUGGUUUUGAAAUGAUUUUAGAGAAAUAUCCCCACGCUGUAGGGUAUUAAUUCAACCGAAGUAUAUAUGCAGUCAUAAUUGAUUUUAGUUGGAAGACUGACACUCAUAAACCCUUUGUUGUUUCAACUGGGGUGAUUUUUCUCCAUGAAUGUUCUCCAUCUUCUUCCAUCUUCUCAUUGAGGAAUCCCUUUUUCAGCUUUCAAGGCUUACUGGUACAAAGCUUAAAAUCCAUUGGGUUAAGACAGACGGUGCAUGAUGUCAGCUCAGUUGGAAUAUAUCUAAGGAUUCCAACCUUAGGAACAAAGUUGCUGAAGUGUAGUUAAUUUUUCCCUGGGAUCAGUUUAACUUAUGCAGCAAUCAAAACAGUUCAGCACUGAAAGAAGCACUAACUUUUUUUGCAUUAUUGACAGACCAGUGUUAUUUAUAACUAGACAUUAAUGCAACUGCUCUAAAACAGCUUUAUUAUUCAAAGCUGGUGGUUUGCACUGAGCUGUUUAUCUCCCAAUGCCUUUGCUUGCCAAAGGUUGAAGCAGUAAUAAAAUAACAUCUGUAACACAGAAACGUGAUUUUACUUGUGGCAAAUAAGACGUAAUUUACUUACAGACUGAUUACUGAGAUAUUUAUGUUGUUUGAAUAGGAGCUAUGUGUGUUGUCCAAUUGUAAAAGAAAAAAACUGAAAUAUUUAGAUUAGUUUUUAAAUGUACUGGCCAUUUUUUCAAUAACAUAUUGCUCAAAAAAAGACGUGCAAUAAUAAAACAACAAUAAAACUACUGUUAAAAACAAACAUACUAUUACAAAUUACCAGGUCAUAGCCAUGCAGAGCGGAGCAAACCAAACCAAACCAAUAAAAUUAAAUCCUGUUGCCAACAUAAAUAAAGAUGUAUUUAUGAGGCAUCUAAAGAACACAGGAAGCUGGAUUAGACUGAGUCAAACCAUUGGUUCACCUAUGUCAGUAUCUGAACACCAGGUGGUGGAAUCUUUUUCCAUCCAAAGGCUGCAUUCCCUUAUGGGCAACCAGUGGGGGCCAUGUGCCAAUACUGAUCAGGGCCAGAGGCAAAAGUGGAUGGAGCGAUGUAAUUUUUAUUUUUGCAUAACAGACUAGUUUCUGCACAGACUUGCACAUACCUCUCUGUUCUCCAUUCAUGUACACAGGAACCACUAUCAGUGUGAGGAAUCUGAUAUAGUUUGGAGAGGGCACUAGGCUGGUCCAAAAGAACUUUUUUGGCUGUUCCUUUAACCACUUCCUUUUCUCAUCUGCCUCCCUGGUUUGCUUCCUACUCUAUUCUACAGCUUGUUAAGCCCAGCGGUCUUCUUUCACCUUAUGGACUGCAUUAAUGGCUUUGGCUCCUUGCCUGUACUGUCAGUUCAAUUCCUGCCACCUCUGCUCAGACCACCUUUAAAGCCUUCUGAACCACCAUAAUCUAGUGCUGCAAGGACUCGGGGUCAUAUAUUUCCAUUUUAGAAAAUGUUGCCAAAAUUGUCUUGCAAGGUACCUAAGAGUGGCAGUAUAGAGAAGCAGCCUCUGUUGAGAAGUAACCUCUGUGUUGACUUUCAUCCAGAUCCUCAUAGACUAUGUGCUACCAAAGCCUGCACCAGUUUAGCCCUCUGAGUGUCCGACUGCCCAGUUGCAUCGUUAAUUCCACCUUGUGUUCAGUGGAGACUGGUCUGCGCUGAAGAACAAGCAUGCACUCUGUGACCUUUAGCAAAUUCGUUUAAUUGAAGCUAAUAAAACCGUCUCCAGAGCAAUAGACUACUAGAUGAACUUUGCUGUAUCUGCCUGCUCUACAGUUCUAACUUCCCAAGUAGUUAAAAGUUAAGAGACUUACAGUAAUUCUAACAGAGACUGUGUUGCUGUCUACUGGACUUUUCUAGGUGUUAAAUGGAUGUACCCCACCCCACCAGAGUUUUUUCUUAGCCAACUUGGGGGGGGGGGACGACUGUAUGACUCCAUAUAAUCUCUAUAGAUUAAAAUGUUCAGCAAGUCCAACUAAGACAAAAUAAUGAAAUGAUGGUGGUUGCUCUUCUCCAAACAUGAUUAACCAAUGCAGAAUUCUAGGGACUCUAGAACUCCCCAAAACCUGGAGUGGGGUGGGGUAGCAGGUAGGCAGUGCCAGUUCCAGACUCCAGGAGCCCUUAGCAUAUUCCCAGCAAAGGGCCUCCCACCCAACUAGAGCAGGGCCCAGUGCUGUUUGUGGUAGCCGCAGUAGGACAUUCAUUAUAUCUAACCAAUAGAUGGAGCUGAGCUUGGCUCCUGUACAAAAGCAGCAUGACCACCUGCCACUUCCAAUCCCUAUUUGCAACCCCUCCCCAAGGUUCAGUGAUGAGCUCUCUUGUUUUCAGCAGCGUUGGUCUGGAACCAGUUUGUGGCAGAGUGACAGAAAAGGAGGCCCAGCUCACACUCUGGGUUUUGUUUUUUUGUUUUUAAACCAUUCUUCUUACUAAAGCAAGAAAUAACAUUUGUGAAUAUUUUUCGAAAGCUCACAUAUUUCAGCAAUCUGUUAGAAUUCAAUGAUAAGAAAAUGACAAUGAUAGCUGAAAUAGUUUUUAAAACUGUACUGCAGAUGGCUCGCUUCAUAUUUUAUGUCAGUUUGCUGCUUCAGAGGAACGGGAGAACGUGUAAUCCUCCAUGAUAAAAUGUAUUAGUAGUCUUUAUCUAUUUAAUGGAUUAUGAUAAAAAAAAUCCACAGCACAUGUGGCAGAAACUGAUACCUACCACAAUUAAGCAGACUCUUUCACAGUACAGUAUUCUAGCUUUAACAGUUCCGCUCGUUAAUUAUACGUAUGCAAGGGUUCAUUUUGAAUAUAGUAAUAUAAUUGUUUUGAAUGUAGUACAGUCAGUGAAUGGAGUUUGAUGGUAUGCAAGAAGUACGUGGAAGUUAGCCAUUGCACAUGAUUUAUUUAUUUUUUUAAAUGUUUGGUGGGUUAAAUCUUAGAAUGCACCAGAAUAUCACCCUAUACAGUGGUACCUCAGGUUAAGUACUUAAUUCGUUCCGGAGGUCCGUACUUAACCUGAAACUGUUCUUAACCUGAAGCACCACUUUAGCUAAUGGGGCCUCCCUCUGCCGUGCUGCUGGAGCACGAUUUCUGUUCUCAUCCUGAAGCAAAGUUCUUAACCUGAGGUACUAUUUCUGGGUUAGCAGAGUCUGUAACCUGAAGCGUAUGUAACCUGAAGCGUAUGUAACCUGAGGUACCACUGUACAUAGUUUACCAUGAACUUGUAUGUGGAGAAAGCAGUACUCCACAGGUUAAAUGCUGCAUCCUUUUAGCACAGCAAACUUGAAACUUGUGAUUCGUACUACCAAUUGAAACUUGUAAUUCUACUAAUUCCCCCUCCUUCUCCCUUCUUUUCCAUUUGUACUUGUGGAGAUCAGCAGAGCCCCUACUUGCAGGUUUUAGGAAUGCCAAAUAAUAUGGAAACACUUUCAGUCUCGACAAAAGACAUUUGCUUUACUGACCCCAGAAUUUGACCCCAGUUUAUUUUAUGAUCAGUUACGUAUUUCAGUUUCUGUAGCUUUAAGAGGAGUGGGAUUGAAGAAAUCCAGAAUAGCAACCACAAGCACACUAAGUGCCCAGGUUGCAAAGAUAAUUAUAUGUUUAAUUUUUAAUGUGGAAAAGCAGGGUGUAAAAGGGAAGGGAGAGGUAAUUUCAUAGUUCAUAUCUGACAUGACAUGCACAUAUUUUGUACUUGUUUACUGCAGCUGAGUACUAAAAAUAUAGUACAAGGCAACCCUUUCUCUUUUUGCCUUAGAAUCCAUAAUCCAUUUUGAUGGGAUACAUGUGGUCCUACUAAUUAUGUUAAUGAUUUGGAGCAGGAAAUAUUUCAAAAAAAGCAAAAAAUAGGUCUUUGCUACAGAAAUAAACUACACAGAUAUGAUUCUAGAAUGGAAUCUCACCCAGGACUCCAUCCGAAACCUCUGGGUAUAGGGCGGUAUAUAAAUUCAAUAAAUAAUAAUAAUAAUAAUAAUAAUAAUCUUUCAUGCCAACUCUCAGCCAAAGAAACUCGCAACACACUCUCGAAAACUCACAACAAUGGGGGUUCCAGGAACCUGCUGAUGCCUUGUUGCUCUCUAGGCUUUCUGUUAUGGGUAGACACCAAGUUUGGCAGAGCUAUAUUUUUUAGAUGUGUUUAUUAAGGUUUUUUAAAAAACAAACAAAAAACCAACCACAUACAAACAGACAAAAACAAAGAAAGAACAAGGACUGGGUGUAGACAUUGUUGUUGUUGUUUAGUCGUUUAGUCGUGUCCGACUGUUCGUGACCCCAUGGACCACAGCACACCAGGCACUCCUGUCUUCCACUGCCUCCCGCAGUUUGGUCAGACAUUAUUGCAGUUAAAAUAAAAUAAACAGAAGGUUCUGUACACUUUCACAGACAACAUAAUAAAAUAGAUUCAACAAAGGGACAUUUGGGAUAACAUAGAACUUGCCACAUAGAAGCAUAUGUUGUUGGGGGCCUAUGCAGCGCACUAUUUUUAUUUGUAAAGGAUGUCAAUGGAGACCACAUAACAUCUCUCUAAGAACCCUCGUGUGAUGAGUUCGAUGAUCAGACAAGGCAGUGCUCAUACCUUCUCAAACCAUCUGUUGCCAGAGGGACCCAAUGCAGACUUCUAAUAUUUGGCAAUUUAACUCCCCCCAAAAAACUUUUUCCCCACCCAAAAGGUUGAUAGAGCUUUGUGAGGCUGCCUGCCCACAGCUGGUUCCUGUUUAGCACUCAAUCAACACACCCAAUUCCAGGCUAUAGCAGAUUUAUUGGAUGAGUUUCCCAUAUGGUCCAAAGGAUAGCAAAUAAGACACUUGCCCACUCACAGUUCUUUCUCUGGCACCUGCACACCUCUCUUCUUCUGGCUGCUAAUUCCAAAUAUAGUUUGGAUUGAUGCACUUGCCUUCCCUUGCGUCCUCUCUUAUCACUUUCGAUUUUCCUGCAAACCAUAGUUUAUUAUUACUUCUAUAACUGCUACGAACCAAGGUUUACCCAGUUUGUAUGUCAUGCGAAAUCAAAUCUGGGAGAGAAUCGGAGUUUGCGAUGAUAGGAGGAAGCCAGUGAGCCCUAGGACUGUUCAUAUUAAACCAAGCAAUUGUCUGUUCAGGAUUCGGAUGUCAGGAUUCAGGAAUCCAUGUUUUUCUUUGUAUUUUUAUAUUUAUUAAAGUUUCCAAAAAUAUAAAAAUACAAAGAAAAAAGACAAAAGAAAGAAGAUAUUUAAAAACCUUACUUUCAUUCCCUACUUUCUGGGACUCCCCCUCCCCCAAUUGUAUUCCCCUUUCCUUAAUUUGGUUCUACAAGCUCUCACUCCCAAUUUAAAGCUUAAUUUGUUUAACCCACUAUCCAGAUUGAAUUGUACAAAUCUUACCACCGUCCCACAUCAUUAACAGAAAAAGAAAAAGAUUUUCCCCAAGAUCCACCCCAGUUCCUUCCACAAAUUCCCUUUUUUUUAAACACGUCCGAUCAAAGUAAAAUAACAUGCGUAAGUUAUGUAAAGAAAUAGAAAAUAAGAGAUAUAGAAAAAUUCAAAAAAUGGUUACACAGCCUUUGGAUUUCGGAUCUCCCCCCUUCCCGGUUUGAAUUCCCCAUGUCCAUCAGUCUAUACAUUAUCAGCUUGGAAGUCUCAUUUCAUGACCAGAUUUCUCCCGAUUCCAUCUUGCCGGUUUUCUUUUAGUUUAUUAAUUUAAAUAAUAUUUGACUUCAAAUGUCCAAUCUAACAAAGGCCUUUAAUUUCCUUGAUCUUUACCACUCCUCCCGUUGUUCUUUCCGUGUCGUAAUCAGUCCUUUAUUCUUCUUAUUCCUCACUUUCUCAGGUUUCUUGUCCUGUUCAGCUGCUAAAACUUUCUAAUUCAGAAAUCUAGUGUCUCUGCAGAGGUUUGUUAUUCAGGAACAAAAACUUACGUCCAGUCCCUUUCUUUCUUCAAUAAAAAUUCCAUUGUCUUCCUCUGUAGACAAAAUACUCUUUCAGUUUUGCAGCUUUCCCAGAAGAUAACAAAUCCUGUGCGAAUCCCAGGGUAUUUUUCCACUUACGACCGUUCUUGUAGUAUCCCGAAACCCCUCUAGGGGAUUGUAAUAACUUUGUAUCCUCUAAUCCAAAAGUCAAAUUGUUGCUUAUUUUCCAACAGUUUAUAUCCAUAUUAUAGCAAAUUGUAACAAAAUUUAACCAGCAAGGUCCUCAUAACAAAGUCCUCUUUAUAUUCUCCAGCUUUGACAGCCACUUUGACAGCUGUCAAAGUCUCCGUCUCUCUUCACCAGGCUCCACGAAUCGCCCCGGUUCCCAGGGGGGGGGUUGCAUUUUCUUCUCACCCUCCACUCUUCUCCUCCAGCACAUUUCUUAUAAUUUCCCAUCGUGAAAUUAAUGAUUUUUAUCAGAGACAUACUUCCCUUUGGACCUUGGUUACCCAGUCCUUGUUUUGGAAUGCUUACAAUAGGGGGAUUGACUUCCUUUUAAAUCGCCCCGCUCGUGCCAAAUCCAAAAUUUUGAACCCGGUUUCCCAAUUACUCACGGGUUGUUGUUAAUAGUCCAAAUUUUCAAUAGAAGAAGUCAGCGCUCUCCGUCGAAUGGCAUGCGGCUGCGCUCGGCAGGGAAAGCAGUGGACUCAAAGCACCACGCCACUCCCGGCACCCGAUCCGAAGCCUUUAAAAGGCUCCUUCACGAGUCGGGAGGGCGCUAAUGGUGCAAGCCGAGUCACCCAUGUCCACGGACUCCGUGCCCGUGGUUUUUAAGGGUCCCCGCGUCGCCGGCGCGGUAGGACCCAGCCCCUGCCGAGCAGACUCCCUCCGGAGCUCGGAGGGAGUCCGCCAUUCGGCGAUGGCGCUAACCCGGAAGUCCUCAGGAAUCCAUGUUUUUGAUGUCCCCUCCUGCCUCUGCAAAAUAUAGAAAGUGCCAUGGAAGACCCAGUAGUUCACGACAGAACUACUGUUACUGGGAUUUUGUAUUUUACCAGAACUCGGGGUGCAAAGUUUUGUUGCUCAGGAAAUGGACAUCUUCCAGUGAAUUGUCCGUUGCCACCGUGAUGUUUCAGCUCUAAAACUAUCAUCUUAGAUAGCUUGAAACUCAAAAGUAUAGUUACUAUAAUUAUGGUAAAAUGAAUAGGCACUGUAUAUUCAUUUCAAGAUGAAAGGAAAAAAUAUAUGACUUCAUUUUCAGUCCAAUCAUAGGCAGAGUUAAAUCCGCCUAAGUACAUUGAUAUAUAGGCUUAUGCAUUACUUUAAUGUAUGGUUGCACAGUUGAUUUAAUCAGUGAUUUACUAUUGAGAUUUUUUUUCUCUUCAGUUGAUGUAAUAUUAAAGUAAGUUCACCUCGUGUAUUUUGAUGACUUUCCUGCAAACUCAUGUUUUUCACAAUAGGUCAUCAUAAUGAACAUACUGACUUUUUAUGAGUUUUUUUUAAUUCUCUGUGCUGAAAGCUAUACUUCCACCCUAAUUGCAUUGUUUCUUUUUUAUAUCAGUGAUUGAAUACCAAGCUAUUCCCCGGUAUGGACCAGCAAGCCCAUUCAGGGGACAUUUAAGUACUAAAAGUAAUGGUAAGUAAUUUGCAUAAUGGGGUAAACAGCAACAUUUUUUAAGUGCAGUGGUACCUCGCAAGACGAAUGCCUUGUAAGACGAAAAAUUCGCUAGACGAAAGAGUUUUUCGUUUUUUGAGUUGCUUCGCAAAACGAAUUUCCCUAUGGGCUUGCUUCCCAAGACUUGCGAGUUUGUUUCCUUUUUCUUAAAACCGUUAAUACUGUACCAAGUUUGAAGCGGGAACUGGGCUGGCAGGGAGCGAGCGAGGGAGCGACCUACCUUUUCCAGUUUCAGCCUUGGGGAAGGAGAGCGUCUCGCUCCGCGAAUGAACGCAAGGCAAGAAAAGAGCGGGAGCAAAUCUCUUCCAAGCGCGAUCGCGAGCACGACAAUUAGUCCAGAGUUCCGAGCAGAGUAACCCGAUACGAGAGAGAGAGACUCCGGAUACAGAGCGUGUGCGUAAAGCGCACAAAAGAAAGACUGCAGAAGGAGCCAAAGAACAAAUAACAGACUUGGGCGCAACAGAAGCGGGAUCUAGCAGAACGACGCAGAGGGAUCCUCUUCUGGAGAGGGCACAGAGGAGGCAGGUGGGCUGGGAUCCAGCGGAUCUGGCUGGGUCUCUGCGCCGCCUCUGUCUCUCUCUCUCUCCCCCCCUCCCCACGUGGCUGCUCCAUUUUGCCCUAACUGCGCGAAGGCAGGAGGAGGGGGACCAAGGAGGAGGAGGAGGAGGCAUCCACUGCGCUUGGGCUGCCGCGAAGGCGCCUUUGCAGGGGUGGGAAGAAGCCGGGAGCAGCUGCCAAGACUGUGGGGAGCCCGGCGGUGUGGCGCAAGGUAACAGGGGGAGUAAGGGAGAGUCCGCGCUGGGCGCUUCGUGCGUCCGCCCUCAGUUCCUGGGCUCGAACUUCCUUUGGAAUCUCGUGGAGAGAGAGGGAGAGGAGCGGGCUGGGGCUUUGAUGUGGGACGCGGUUUGGUGGAGUGAAGACGCGGCAAGGCUUGGCGACAGAGGAAGGGGGGAUGUUUUCAUGGGGAGGUGGGAGGGGGUGUCUUUGCCUCUUCCCGGCAACAGAUCCUCCAGGCUGGGGAAACUCCUCCUGCUGGGGAGCGACCCGCUUUGUGCUUUGCCCGCUAUCCCAUUAUAAAAGGAGUACUGUAAUAAUGUUCAUAAUACAGUACCAGGGUGCAUCCGUGCUUCGCAAGACGAAAAAUCCGCAAGACAAAGAAACUCACAGAACAAAUUAAUUUCGUCUUGCGAGGCACCACUGUAUAGCUUUGCAUCGAAUUCUUGUUGUGUGGACUCUUAAAAUAUUUUACAUUAAAGCAUUGUGGUGAGAACUUAGUUUGGUUGAGACUAUACUAAUGAGUAAAAUCUGUCAUUGCACAGUGCACAUAUUUGGAGUGGGGGAGGCUUCGGGGGGUGGGGAGAAGAGAAAGGGGAAGUCUUUUUUGGUUGAUCAGAGCUGUUAAACAGAAACUGAAUACUGAUACUCAAUGCAAGAAUAUCAGCUGACCCAAAGUUUUUAGUCUUUGCAUUGUCUUGGUUUUAACCAAUUCAAUAAAUAAUACAUCUCAGUGUAGAAGACUGUUGCUGAAGCUUGGCUUAGAUAUCUUGGGAAAAACACAAAUAUAUUUAUUUCAGAGGUGGUUGAUUUUUGGUGGGGGGGGGGCGGGUUUAGGGCAAGGGCCACAUUGAUCCUUGGUCAGUCCUUGUCAGAACUGGCAUGGCCAAAAUAAGGAAACAUUUUAGGAUUCUUGGGCAUCACCAAAAACUUUUGACAUCACAGUGGGGUACCUAUGGAAACAAUCAGGGGGGUGAAAAUAAAAAGAAUUAUAAAUUUAAAUAAUGCUGAUGGGGGGGCUUGGGAGGCCACAAAAAUCUUUUGGCACCAUGGCAGUACAGCGGGGGACUUAUCGGAGCAGUAAAAACAAACUUUUAAAAGGCCUUUUAAGGGUAUCUUGGGGGUCACAAAAUCCUCUUAGAGGAUGUAUUUAUUCAACAGGUUGUGGGUUAGCAACCCCUUAUUUGUUUCAAGUAAUGGAUACAAUUUAGGUACAACACUACCUCAAAUAUGGAGCCAUUUUUCUUAAGAGCUUGUGCUGUUUAAAACCCGGUUAGAAUCUACAUACUUGUUUUAUAUAUAAUUUGUUAUUUGCCUCACCAGAUAGUUGAUCAGUCCUUUCAGUCCUGAUAGGCUUGAAGUCUGCUGCCAGGGCCUUCAGGCUUCAGUCCUUAAACUACUUGCUCCAAAGUAGUCAUGUUGACUUCAUAAUGGGGCUAUUCUGGAGUAGCUGUUUUUGAGGAUCUCAUCCUAGUUUCACAUGCAGGGAUAUGUUUUGCUGCUUUGGCUGUUAAACGGUAAACCUUACAUCUCAGAAGCAUCACUGAAAUGGCUCUGUGGUGAGUGAUUUGCUUGUUCAUGGCUUCAUAACUGAAGACAGGUAUUCUGAUGUAAGUGUUGAUUUUACCCUUAGCUUUUCAGUAUGUCCAUGUGUCACCCCUGACACCAUGUGUUAGCCAUUUGAGUACAAAGUGUCCUCCUGCGAUUUGCCACGGCAAGACAUGGGACCUUACUAGUCAGCAAAUAAAAAGAAAACAAAUGUUGUAAAUGGUCUGAAAACGGGUGGAAACUGCACAGAUGGAAGCCAUCAGGUUUGGUGGCAUUUGAGUGUGCCUGUUGCUGGUUCCACAAACAAUGAGGAAUAAUGGAUUGUCAGUAAAUGUGCACUUACUUACCACUUGGAAUCUGAGGUCCAAAUAAGUGCAGCUCUGGCUGACAUGUGCAAAAAAUAUAUAAAAAAAUAUUAACAGCUCUGAGAGGAGUGUCACUCUGUUUAAGCACAUAGUAAGGAAUACAUGUGUUGAAUAGUUUGGCUAAUUAAGGCUCGUUAUGUUCAGGGCCCUAAAAAGAGCUUCGAUUUAUUUAAAUACUCUGUUUAUUAAAGCAGGAAUAUUAGCUGAAUGAGAUAUUUAAAAUAUUGCUUUAGCAAGGGGCUUCUUGUCCCUGCCAGAUAUCCAAUCUCUCUCACAUCCGCCUCUAAUACUACAGUAUGUGAUGUGAUCAUGCUAGAUGGAAUAUUGCAUUAAUCUUGGGAAGAAUUCCCUGCUUAGGACCAGAAUACCACAGGGGCCACCUCCUGCUGCAUGAGUCUCCCCAUUCUUUUAAACACCACUGAGGAAUCAGUGAGUCCCACGUGCUGUUCAGCUGUAGCUGCCAUCAUCCCUGGCUGAUGGCCACACUAAUUAGGGCUGAUGAAGUCUAAUAACAUCUGGAGUGCCACAGGUUCCAUAUCCCUGACUUAGAACAUCUGGGGAGGCCCAUUGCAAUCUGAAGUUUGUUUGGCGUGGUCUUUUUCCAUUGUCAUGCCUAGGCUCUCUGUUCCCGGAGAUCCAUCUAGCUUCCUCCUUGAUGAUUUUUUUGGAACAAAGUGAAAUGGAACAGGAGCACUCCAUACUGCAGCAUUUCCAAUUCAACCUGCUCUUCAUGAGUUUCUCUCUUUUUUUAAAAAAAAAGUUAUUAUUGAUACAGCAAAAAAAAGAAAAAAAGGAGAAAACACAGAUACAGAAUUACACACAGGAAUAACAAUAAACGCAACAUUUUCUUAACAAACAAUAAAACAUAAGUUGGUCUUAACACUAUAGACCCGACCUCCCAUCUAUUCCUUACUUCAAUCUCAUAUUACUUAUUGCCAAUACAGACUUUUAUCAUCAUUUAACUAUAUCUUACCUCUUAUGGCUAACUUGCAACUGUUACUGAAGUUCCUCGAAUGCUGCAACAGAGUUUAAACUACUAUAUUUAUAUUUCAAAUAUUCUUUGAAGACCUCCCAUUUUGAGACAAAUUCCUGUUUUGAUUUGUUCUUUAGUUUUUCUGGUAGACCAUCUAAUUUGGCAUAUUCUGUCAGCUUUCGGAUCCAUUCAGGUAUAGAGGGAAUUUCGAAACUCUUCCAUUUUGCUGCAAUAAGAACUUUUUCUGCUGCCAUGGGAUAUAAAAAGAUACCCUUCAUUUUUUGCAGAAUAUCCAGACCUGUAACUCCCAGGAGAUAGGCCUCUGAUUUUUUAUUAAAAGAGAUGUUUAGCAUUUUUUGCAAUUCUGAAUGAAUACUCUCCCAGAAUACCUGUAUUUUCCUGCAGAACCACCACAUGUGGUAAAAAGUUCCUGAAUUAUCUCCGCAUCUCUAGCAAUUACUUGACACAUUUUUUUACAUUUUCGAAAGUUUCCAGGGUGUUAAGUACCAUUGGUGUUGCAUUUUCAGAAAGUUCUCUCUAAUUGUUUAACACUUUGUGAAUUUCCAAUUAUUCUUCCACAAGUUUUCCCAUUGGGCCAUGGUUAUUGAAUGGCCAAAGUCUUGUGACUACCUCACCAUGGCCACUGUUACCUCCUUCUCCUUGACUUUCGAGUCAAGGAGGAGUCAAUAAGUUUUAGAAAGAGUUUUUCUCAAUGACCUGUUUCCAUCUGUGUGUUCCUGCUUUGAACUUAUAUUUCUGCAAUUGCUGGUGAAGACUACAGGCACUUUCCACAAUAAAGUCAAAUGUGCUUUACUUUUGUAGCCUUCUGCAUUGAUGACUCCUCCCGCAGACUAAGCAACCAGUACCUGAUCAGGGAUCACAUGGCAGUCCAUUACAAUAAAAUACUUUCAGCUAAAGGUAAGCAGAUACAAGUCAUUCACCUCUCCUUGAAUGGAGUAAUUAUUUAGUAAUACAUUUUCCCUGUUAUCUGUCGCUUAGGGGAAAAAAGAAAAAUCACUCACAUUUAAAGCCUGCCAUUUUAGAAUUAAAAGAAAAAUGCCAACUCCUAACCGUGCCAACAUUUAACUGAGUGUUUGAAAUGCUAAAUUUAAUCAGAAGCUCUAGUGUUUGUGCAUUCUGAAAAGAUAUUAUUUUCCCACUGAAAUUACAUCAAGAAUAUAUGCACUAGACUGAAUACAGCUUGUGCCAAUAUGUCUGUCUAAAGAUUUUCUAUCAUUAGGGUACAUCAAUUGCUAUUUCUUGGAUCGGUGAGCAGAUAGUCAUUCUCCAAAGUCAGUGCUAUGUGCUAAUUAAUAUUUGGCACAAACGUGAGCAUUAAUUAAUCCUCCUUUAUUUCUCAUUGCAUGGCAUUGCCUCGACACACUUCCAUUUUCACCCUCUAUAAAAUCACAGUAUGUGGUUCAGUAUUAAUAAAACAAACAUAUUUCUAAUCUCUUAUAAAAUGUUUCAAUUGUCAAUCCCAUAAAUAGGAGCAAGAUUAAAAUAAGAACACAAUCCUAUGCAUGCCUCCUACGAAGUACUGUAUGUCCCAUUGGGUUUGGUGGCACUGUGGUCUAAACCACUGAGUCUCUUGGGCUUGCCAAUCAGAAGGUCAGCGGUUCGAAUUCCCACAAUGGGGUGAGCUCCCGUUGCUCGGUCCCAGCUCCUGCCAACCUAGCAGUUCGAAAGCACGCCAGUGCAAGUAAAUAAAUAGGUACCGCUACAGCGGGAAGGUAACUGGCAUUUCCGUGCACUCUGGUUUCUGUCACGUGUUCCGUUACCGCAGAAGUGGUUUAGUUACAUUGGCCACAUGACCUGGAAAGCUGUCUGUGGACGAACACCAGCUCCCUCGGCCUGAAAGCGAGAUGAGCACCGCAACCCCAUAGUCGCCUUUGACUGGACUUAACCGUCCAGGGGUCCUUUACCUUUUUUUACCUUACUCCCAGGCACAUGGGUAUAGGGAUGCAGCCUGCCUUAAGCCUUGUAGCAGUUUAAGAUGCAUAGUCAAUAAACAACCUUUCUUUUAAAUGAGCUUUAAUUUCAAAUGUUGUGUGUUCAGACACACACACAAUGGUUUCCAAGUAUGAUCUGCAUUGUUCUGUCUGCAGAUACUUAGGGGGUAAUACUAAAAUUGACUGCUAGGCUGAAUUGAGCCUUGCUGCACACAGAAGCAGAGGUGAAAAGUGGGGCAGGCAGAUUGCUGUGCCAGCCUGGAGCUGAUGCUGCCGUUGGGCCCAGAUGGAGUCCAGUGUUGUCAUGUGAUGGGAGCAAGGCUGGCUUGGACCCUCCCUGUCCUCAGAAUGCCCUGUUUCAGGGCUUUCCCAUUGGCAGCUGGUGAGCAUCCCAGUGGCUGCCUCUUCGGUGGGUGGAAGGGAGAGGUCCAUACAGGCACAACUGGGAAGAGUCCAGUGAAAGUGACAUGGCUGAGAGGAGGGACUUGGACUGAGGUGCUGGCUGUCUUAACUUGGCUGGGUUUUAACUCAUGUACAUCAUUCUCCCCAUCAGAAGCCUCAAACUCUUGAUGAGCUAUGGACUUUUCCCUGUAUGCAAAGAUAGGCUCUGGCAGAUUGAGUGGACGAGAACCAUUUAGUGGGUCCAACGGGCAAGAAGGCUGUAUCUGUAGAGGGAAGUGAGGGGCAGAUGGGGCUCAUCAACCUGGGAAGGUAGCCCAUCUAGGAGAAGGAAAACUCUGCUCCUACACCUCUGCUGCCUUGCGGAAGAAGAAAAGGCUAAGGAGUAAACCCUAUACAAAUCCUGAGUGGAGCCCCUAAGACAGUAGGAUGGUGCCUUGUAUGUCUCCUUCCAGCAACUCCUGCUGCCAAGCCAGUGCCAGACGUAUUGCUCUGCUUUCCUUUGGAGCACAUCAGCAAGGCUGAGAAGGGGGGUGUCUUGUCUUCUGGGAAGUCCAGGACCUCCGUACAUACUUGUGCCCCAGGGAGAUCCCUUCAGUGUUGCUAAUGCAGAGGUUUGACUUCACCCCAGGAGGCGCAAUCCAUUGUCUCUCAAGACAGACAGAUGCCAACAACAAAAAAACCAUUCUGAUUUUAAUAUUUAAUACCUUUUUAGAUGGGGUUACUCACACAUCUGCCUUAUGUAUUUUCAGAUUUGUAGUAAUUCCAUUCAGGUCCCUGGGUUUGCAAUGCAAUUGUAUGCAUGUUUACCCAGAAGAAAGAAAGGCCCCUUGUGUUCAAUUACUCCUCAUUACACCUGCCAUCCUAGAUACAUUUCACUUGGAAAUAAGUCCCAUUGAACUAAGUGGGGCUUUCUUCUCACUAGACAAAUAUAGACUUGCACUAUGUGUUUAAGAUUUCAGCCUCAGCCAGUCAAAUCAAACUAGUCUCCAAAUCCAUUUGUUUUCCACAUAAAUUACAUAUAACAACUUUUUAGUCAUCUUGCAGAAAAUAUUCACCCUGUUAUUAAAUGAAAUCAUUUACAUAUAUUAGUCGCUUAAAAAAAAAUGAACUCAAUGUGACUUAGAAAAACAAGUCUAUACCAAACAAUUGUAUCCAUUUUGUAUUUUUAAAAUGUCGACCAUAAUUGCAAAUACUGGGUUAAACAGCUCAAAAGACCUUAAUAGAUGGUUCUAAAAAAUAAUUUCAUUAAAGGUGCAAUUUAUAGGGCCAGGUAUUUUACAGUCUCUGAGCUAUGUAUCCUCACUACAAGCCCCCUGACAUGUUAUCCCUAUUUUGCAAACUUAGAAUAGAAACUGAGAACCCAAAGCUGUCCAGGAUGUUCACCCUUGGUGUAAAUUUGAACCCAGUUCUCCUGCACCCAAAUCUAACAAGCUGCCCCACGCCUACCAGCUUUAUGAAGAAAACUGUACAGUUCAGUGAACAUCACUGUGAAACAAAUCAGCCAAUAGUUUUGUUGAAGUGCACCUCCUCCAAUUGCAUGCUUCAUUGCACAAAAUUAAUUCCCAGCUCCUGAGCUCAUAAGCAUCGUCUGCCCAGGGUGUAAACUGGUACUAUCAGUUUCAUGUCACUUUUUAAAAAAUAAAUAAAUCCUUAACUUUCUAGCCGUUGUGAUCUAUGUGUAUCAUCAGAAAUUCAGAAAAUAAGGGGGGGGAACCACUACUAGGGAUGUAAGAAGGGCAGCGCUGCUUGUUUUCCUGCAUUGAGUGUAGCUGUUCUUGGGGAAGCAGUCAAGGCACAAUGGCAGGGGGCAGGGGAACAGUAACUAACCACAGCUGUUAGUCCUGAAAAGAGAGCAGGAGAGGGCCAAAAGAUAUGGGUGUUUUCUGACUGACCAGGAUCAUGCCACUUUUGACAUGCCCUGAGUCCCUUCUGGCAAAACCUGUUGCCCCAAGGAAUGCCAACUAACACAUACACACCUUCCACUUGCCAGAUUAGAGGCAAGACAGAUGUGGAUAUCUGUGCAAACAAAAGUUGGUUGAGAUGCUGGCCCUCACUCGCGUCUCAAAGUGACCCUCUCCAAGGGAAACAGCUGCUGCUGAGGAGUCCAAAAGGUGCCGAAGGUAGCAUACAUUAUGAAUGUGCAAAUUAGGCGCACUAAAUUAACAUAUCUCAUUUGUGCCCUGUGCAGCAGGUCAUUUAUCUCUGUAAUUGUGCCUGGAGGGGGAGGGGAGUUCUCUUGUUUAGGUAAUUCAUAUUUCUAAGGCGCUACUUUGGGCAGCAAUUGAUGGAGGGGAUGAGAAGACAGUUGGCCGGUGGAGGGGAGAGGAGUGGAGGGAGAGAAAGAGGGAGGAGGAAAGAAGAAUGGGAAUGGAGCCUAAUAGUCACAGUGCAGUCCAAUAGUAGGAGACUAUCUCCUGGAUUUGCUGCAAAAAUAUCAUUAUAGCCCUCCCUCCGACCCCCUGGGCUUGGUCUGUGUUUCCCUUCGCUUGGUUCUUCCUGUUCUCAUAAAACUCAAGCUUUCUUGGAUGCCAUGCUAUUUGCUUUUUUAGAUACUGCAUUUCUGUCAUGGCGCCCAGAGAGGCAUAUAGUUUAUGAUGAAAGGGUAUAAGAAGGAAAAAUCAGGAGGGAAGAGGAAAAGAAGCAAGCUCAAAGCACCAACCUUUUCAUGGGAAGACAUAACAGAAUAGCAUGAGACAGUUCUGGGGAGGGAGAAGCCCAGUGGCAGUUGGCCCUAGCCAGGCUGAUGGAAGAGGGCUUGUUCAUCUCUUCUGCUGCUGAUGGAGACAUCUCUGACAGAGGAGUGAGCCAAAUGGUGACUGAUCCCUUCACUUGAGCCCACAGAAUGGGGCUUGCUAAGCUUAUUUCUCCCUCUGGAGCAACCAAGAGGAACGUCGGCGGAUGGAGCCAGUUCUGGCAGGGAAAGAACCAAUUGGCAGUUGUCCCGGCUGUUGUUGACAACUGUUUCAGCCUCUCAUGCAUCCAGGUGACUGGGAAGUUUGUCCCCAGCCCUAGAUAUUCAGGGAACGACUGGAGUUUCACAGUAGUGAAGACUCAGCACUCUGCACAUGGUCAGAUAUAAUCUUGGUUAUUAUUGCUACUUCUCCAAAGCUGAGGCCUCUGGAAAGACUUGGUUCGAAUUAAACCCAGAAUGCCUUGAUUUAUCAUUCCAACCAGCCUGUUGCUGUUGGAGCUGACAGCCGACAGCUCAAUACAGUCACGUGUUUCUAUCAUGAAUAGUCUUCCCCCAUCUUCCAGCCUUCCCAGUGUGCUGGACAGUCAUGCAGGUAAAGUCACUGCUUUGAAAUACAACCACGGUAAGUGGAAGAGUCUUGCCCCCUUCCCCUCACAGGCCAACUCAGGGGAUAGAAUUGCUGUUGGCAGCUUCUCUGGCUUGUCAAUCCAACUUGAGGCCUUUUGCUUAAAACAGGAGGAGAGCGUUUCUUUGUUAAAUGAACAUCAUGGUGGAACCUGUGCAUUAUCUUGCUUGAGUUUUUCUCUCUGUAACUGCGAGGGUUGAACUUCACUGGUGUUGUUGUGUUGUAAUGGAAGCUUAGAAUAUGCAGCGGAAUAUAUGCAAGUUGGAGUACUUGAUGAAAAUCUUGACGUCCAGAUAAUUCCCCAAAUUCAAGAUGGAAUGGCAAACAGAGGACCAAGCGCUGUCCUCUUGAAAAUGUAGGAGGUAGCAGAGUGAAAAGAGGACUGCCCAGUAUUAAGGGGAUGGGGAGAGGACAAGUGCCCACCCUACAGCAAAGCUUAAGAAAACCACAGCUCCUUGGUUCUCGUCCAGAGGCAGUGCCUUAGCAUUGCACCGGGUGCCUGCCUCCUUCCUUUUCAGAGCCACCCACAGUGCAGUGUUACGUUUGCAUAAUUUUACCACAUUAACCAUGUGGUUAGCCAGAAUCCGCAAACCUGCAUCUCACCCUGGUUACCAUGGUUACAGAUGGUGUGGAUGCAAUGCUGCGCUAUAGAUAGCUUUGUAACAGGGAAGGGGCAUUUGUGGGCAGAAGAGAGGAAGGAAAGAAGAGGAGUUAGACUACAGCAUGCCCCCAGUUUUCUGACACACCCACCCAGUGCACAGUGGACCUGUGACUCCCAGCCACCCCACAGAUCCCUUUGCUUCUUACUAGCACCCCUGUACCCGACAGAAUUCUACUUUUGCCUCACAGAAGGAGGUGAGGAGGGAAAUUAACUUCUGAUUGAACAAGCACAGUCUACUGUGCAUGUACACACACACAUGCACUUACAAUAGCAGCCUGUGUAGUGGAAUGGUGUCAGUGCUGGCGGAACCGCAGCUGACCUGGAUGUGAGGUUAGGUCACAUCAGUGGCAAGUUUGGGGUUGUGUAGGCACACCAGGGAGAACAUUGGGUUGGCUCCGUCCAUGUGCCCUUGCUGCCCUGAGCUGGCAGUGCUGCCUUGCCCAAUCCCAUGUGACUCCGUGGCACCACCUCAUCACUCAGACCACUUUUGGUUAUUGACUUAGUGCAUUUGUAUCCCAUCCUUUCCCCAUUACGAUUCUCUCAGGGGGCGGUAGGCUUUCUUUCGCUAGGGUGCCAGGAGUCAAGUCAGAAGAAGGUCAGCCAUAAAACACCUGGUGUCAGUGAAGUUAACUCUUUUUUUCAAAGAAACCAAAACAGUCAGGCCUAGUGAUCACAACAACUCUUCCCAGUUAGUGUUGCCCUAGUUAGGCAGUUGCAAGGACUUCUCACUGCUCUUUAAGACUCCUCCCCCAGGUCCUUCCCCAGCAACCUGAGACUCCUUCAUCUUGUCUCUCUCUGCUCUGCCCUUUUCAUUCCAUGUUCUGGGAGACCAGGGAGGGAGGAAGAUGCUCACAGCAGGAGAGAGAGAGACUCCCUGGCUUCUCCAACAAGCCUGCCCCACUCCUCUUCAGCCUCCGCUUCUGCCUCUGAUUCUGGACUGCCCUCUGCCUCUUCCUGCUCACCACUGUUACCUCUUCAGCUUCCUCCCAGUCUCCUCCCUCUUCAUCCUCGGACCACUCCUCACCAUUCCACCACCAGUCCCCUGGCUCUGAGCUUUCUUCCCUUGGGGGUUCGCUAGGUGGAGCCUCCCACUACUCUGUAUGCAGCCAAUCCACGACAUCGAGACAUCUAAGCAGUGACCGGGCAGCCAUCUCUCAGGGAUGCUGUAGUUGCGUCUCUGCACUGAAAAAGGGUGGGGGAGUUGGUCUGGAUGACCUCUGAGGUUCCUUCCAGCUCUAGAAUUCCAUGACUGCAACUCAAGGUGGCAUAGAGUUCUCAAGUGCAAUGGUGCAAUGGCAUUCUCUCUCCCUGGUGCCGCUGUGAAAUCCCCAAUGGAGAAUGAAUUAUGAGCGACGGUGGGCUUUUCUUUUGGGAAAACAGGUUGCAAACAAACUUUAUUAUAACAGAUGUAAACAAGGAGUUUUAUUCCUCCUUCUUCCACAGCAAUGCAACAAACAGUGCUGUUGCUUUUUAUUAAAACGUAUACUGUUUCAAGUUAUAGGCUGUAUGCUGUUUAAGCUUAUGGUUACUUUCUUUUAUACAUCUUUCAUAGAUCAGAUUUCUCCACUCACACUUCAGGAACUUAGGAUUUUCCCUUACAGACCCCCAAAUCCUCCUUGGCCUCAAAAUCAAUACUGCCCUUUCCUGUCAGAGUAUUCCUUCAGAGGACCCUUUUUCCUGUAAACACCAUGUGGGACUGUGUCUUUUCUAUUUUAACUGUGUUCUGCAAUUCAGAACCUUAGAGCAUAUACUGAGAGUUCUGGCUCUCCUCAGCUCUACCACCUGUCAGAACGAACUCUCCUGACAGAAUCCGACCCCAUGAAUCUCUCACACCACCUCUCACUCCACUCCAACUGCCUCCCUUGGAACUCUGGCCAAUCAGAAGCUGUUGCUGGUUAACUGUUUGCUGGCGGGGCACUCAGGUGACUCAACCUGCUCAGUAAACAAACCUUUCCAUCACAUGGUCUCCCAUCCAGGCGCUGCUAAGCCUCAGCAAGGGCUAAGAAGGGCUAUAGCAUCUGUAUUAGAGCAUCUGCUUUGCAUGCAAAAUUAUUAUUAUUAUUAUUAUUAUUAUUAUUAUUAUUAUUUUAUACCCCGCCCAUCUGGUUGGGCUUCCCCAGCCACUCUGGGUGGCUUUCAAAAAAAAUAUUAAAAUACUGUAAUACAUCAAACAUUAAAAGCUUCCCUAAACAGGGCUGCCUUCAGAUGUCUUCUGAAAGUCUGGUAGUUGUUGUUCUCUUUGACAUCUGGUGGGAGGGCGUUCCACAGAGCGGGGACCUCUGUGUCCGGGUAGAAUGAGGGGGUGGAGACGCUCCUUCAGGUAUACAGGACCAAGGCCAUUUAGGGCUUUAAAGGUCAGCACCAACACUUUGAAUUGUGCUCGGAAACAUACUGGGAGCCAAUUUAGGUCUUUCAAGACCGGUGUUAUAUGGUCUCGGCGGCCGCUCCCAGUCACCAGUCUGGCUGCCGCGUUCUGGAUUAGUUGUAGUUUCCAGGUUACCUUCAAAGGUAGCCCCACGCAGAGCGCAUUCCAGUAGUUCAAGCGGGAGAUAACCAAAGCAUGCACCACUCUGGUGAGGCAGUCCGUGGGCAGAUAGGGUCUCAGCCUGCGUACCAGAUGGAGCUGGUAAACAGCUGCCCUGGACACGGAUUUGACCUGUGCCUCCAUGGACAGCUGUGAGUCCAAAAUGACUCCCAGGCUGCGCACCUGGUCCUUCAGGGGCACAGUUACCCCAAUCCCCAUCACCUUCAGGUAGGACUGGGAGAGACCCCUGUUUGAAACACUGGCUAGCCACUACCAGUCGUUGCAGACAAUUCAGAGCCAAAUGGAUCAAUGGUCUGACACUAAGACCACUUCCUGCGAUUCAGUGCCCAGUCAGGCCAUGCUUUGGUCUUGAAAUCAGUGGGCUAAAGCGCAUCAGCUCUUUACUUGAUUAUGGCUAUAAAAACUCCUAAUUGGCAGUGCAAAUUUUAAACACUGCUUUGGGUGCCCAAAACAUUUAAUUAUACUGUGAUCCAUACUUUAGCAUCUUGCUUGAUAAAUAGACUGUAAAAGUACCUCUUUCUUCAGAUGGGGCUGAUUCGUAGGACUAACAGUAUUGGAAACUAGAUGCUCUGUAUGUAUCUGAGUGCGGCCUUGAAUAAAUAUACCAUUAGAAUAUGCUGAUGUGGUCAUUCAGAUGUUGGUGGUUUUCCAUGCACCACUGACCACAUUCUCUGCAGUCGCUUCAUGGGCACAAAUACUCAAGUUCCAUACCCAUUAAAGCCUUGGACAGGAACAAACAUUCUUUAUUAAGUAAUACUGUGUCAGGGAACAGUACGUAUCCACAGCUACAGUUACAGGCCUUACCGUUCUGUAAUAAGAGUUCAGAGAUGUUGAAGUACAGCACGGAAUCCUCAUUACGACGCCCGUCUUCUGCAAAAGCCGGUCACAAGCUUUUUAUUUCAUUCUUUAGCACAGCUAACCGGAUUCAUUAAAACCAAAAAGCUAGUUAAAUGAGUGAAAACAUUUAAAAUGUAGACUGGCCAUUAUGUUUCAGCCAUAGAAGUUUUUUUGCAUUUUUAGUAGCUUUGGCGAAAAUACAUCCCACCAAUAAGCUGACGUUAAGCAAAGUCUGUUUAUUGCAAAUCUUCAAAGAGAAUGUUGAUUCACUCACUUUAAUGGUAUGUUGUUUGUUUUUCAGCUGCUGUAGACUGCUCAGUACCAAAAAGCAGGUUAAACAGCAUAAAACGUACGUAUUUCCGAGGCAUUUGUCUUCUAAAAACUUUUCUGAAGGCAUACUAUGGUAUUUUCUUUUUUAAAAUACAUUGUCCUUUCAUAGAUGACCCUUGGGGUCCCUUCCAACUCUAUGGUUCUCUGUUAGUCAUCUCCAUUAAUUUCAAUGGGUCUGCUCUGAGUAGGACUAACACUGAAAAUAUCCCAUCAAUCCUUUCAGGUUGCUACCUAAUUUGGCUUUGGGGGAGGGGGAAUUCUCCACAGAUCUCAAAUAAGGUCGGACUCUGAGGGUGAGCCAAUCCCACUCGGAUGACUUCAUUGCUGUUAAAACACUCCAUAAUAACAUAGAAGAGAGUAGGAAUAUUUUACUCUUUCUCUUUAAUACCUGCCUGCCAGGCUGUGGUGGAAAACCUGUCAUCUUUCUUCAGAGCCUUCCUGCUUUGCUUGCUUAUUCAUUCAAUCAUUCAUUCAUUCAUUCAUUGGACUUAUAGCCAAUAUGUGACAGAAAAUGUCAUGUCAGGUGUUGGCUGAUCUGAAAUUACCAUUUUUAGACCAGCUGUCUGCCUGUCUCCCGCAUUUCCUGUGCGAACACAAUAAAGGAAUAUACUUUUACAGUUGAUGCAUGUGCAACUUUUGGAGUAAUGAUUUGAAAAAUUAUGAGCUUGCCGGGCACCAAACUGUAUCACUCAAAGGUGGGGGGAGGGAAACCCAUCUGCUUGUCAAAUUAAAAAAUAUAUCCCUCCUGUAAUUCCACUGUAUCUGCUCUCAAGCUACAGACUCAUUAUUUUUCUAGCUAUUUCUGUGCAUUCAUUAGGUGAUGUAUGCAUGCAUCGUCUUGCAGUGCUACAUGGCAGUUGGAGCCAUCUUCUUAUCCAUGGGCAGAAUAUAGAAUUUACUGAGCCAAACCAUUGGUCUGUCCAGUUCAGUAUUGUUUACAGGGACUGGCAGCAGCUCCACAGCAAUGUCCUGGCUGUACCUGAAGAUGCCAGGGAUUGAACCAGCAACCUUCUGCAUACGAGGCUGGUGCUCUCUGACUGUUGUCCAGUGUCAUAAUUUGCUGGUUUCCUGAAAAGAAAACAGUAUAUCUUUGGAACAUACGUUUGGUUCUGCUUGAAAAUUGCGUAUCAAAAUUGUACCUGGAAUUUUUAAAUGGCGGCACUGAGUGCUUUGCUUUAAUACUUUAAAUAAACCCCACCUGUGAAAUCAAUAACACCUUUCCAAUACCUUUCCUUCUUUAUACUCCCAUCUUACAUCUUUUGGGGUAGGAAAGCUUUCAACAGGAAAGCUUCCUGCACAAAAGAAUUUGUAGCAUUGCACAACUGUUCAUUGUUAGAAGGUCUGCCUUAGAGAACAUGCGGUGGUUUAUGCUCAUUGUCUUUAAAAGGGGGUUAGAUAAAUUCAUGAUGGAAAAGGCUAUCAGCAUCUGUUAGUCAUGUGGUUCUCUGUAACCAUGAGGAUCAGAGGUAGGUAGCAUGCCUCUGAAUGCUGGUUGCUGGGGACAUGAGUGGGAGUGGACAGUUGUGGGCUUCCUUGCAUCAUCUGGUUGGCCACUGUGCAAGCAAGAGGUAGGCCUUUGGUUUGAUCCAGUAAGGCUUCUCUGCUGUUCUAAUGGGUUUGAAGAAAUUGGCUUGGUUUUGUUUGUAUUUGAUAAGCGUUAUGUUGUAAGAAAAUGCCAAGCUGACAUAAAUAAAUUUUAUCCACUGGCUCCAAAGUUUCACCUCUUACUUUCCUCUUUGAUCAUUUAUGGAUGAAAACUUUUAAAAUGUUCCUUUCUAACCAAGCCUUUGGUUGAUUUGAUUGACAGCCCUUUUAAAAUGGGGGGGGGAUGUUUGGAGGAGAGGGUUAUUGGGUUGUUGUUUUUAUCUUGAUUAUAUCUUUUGUGGUUUUAUAUUUUGAUUUUGUCCUGUGAACUGCCCUGAGAUCUCCAGGUAUAGGGUGGUAUAUAAAUUCUAAUAACAACAACACAACAACAAUAACUACUACUACUACAACUACACAUGUGCAAUCCAAAGCACACUUGAAUUACUGUACAUUCAUUUUAAAUAUAAAACAUAUUGACCCAAACCCAGGGGAAACUUGCAAUGUUUCAAUUUACAUAGAGAUCACUAUGACAAACUUGUUGUAACUCAUUUGAAUCCUACUAAGUUCAAUGGAACAUUCAGGUUACUAACUUUCUUUGGAUUUGAGCCAAAGUUUUAGCUAUAACAAAUUGAUGUGUGGAUUUAUGCAGUCACUCACCGCGUUUUCUUCCAUAUGCAGUCAUAUAAAAGAUAGUGUGUCUGAUUGUAUGAGCAGCCAGAAGAAAUGAAGCCAGAAGGGUUCCUAUCAUUUUAAUUAACAGAUAUCUAUUGUGUCAUCCAUAAAGAUGAUUCACAGAUCACUUCACAGAAGUAUGGCCUCAUUGACUUUGUAUACUUUGUGCCACACUGAAUUACUCACUUCCGCAGAAUGCUUCAGAUCCUGUGUUUAUUUUAAAGGAAUGUCUACUUAUUUUUCGGGGGACGCAGGUGGCACUGUGGGUUAAACCACAGAGCCUAGGACUUACCAAUCAGAAGGUUGGCGGUUUGAAUCCCCGCAACGGGGUGAGCUCCCGUUGCUCGGUCCCUGCUCCUGCCAACCUAGCAGUUUGAAAGCACAUCAAACUGCAAGUAGAUAAAUAGGUACCGCUCCGGUGGGAAAGUAAACGGCGUUUCCGUGCGCUGCUCUGGUUCGCCAGAAGUGGCUUAGUCAUGCUGGCCACGUGACCUGGAAGCUGUAUGCCGGCUCCCUCAGCCAGUAAAGCGAGAUGAGAGCCGCAACCCCAGAGUCGGUCAUGACUGGACCUAAUGGUCAGGAGUCCCUUUACCUUUUUUACCUUACUCAUUUUUCAGAAACCACAAGUUGUCCACCUAGUUGCCCUUUAUCUGAAAGCUGAAAUAACUGUUAACAAUUUAGAGGAAAAAUGAAGUCCAAGCUUCUUGGAUUACAUUUGACUCAAAUUGAUUAUGAGAGUGAAAUAUAACUUUAGCUGCCAACCUGUGUGUUUAAUAUGUUCUUAAUGAAGCCCCACUGAUACUUAUUCAUUUGGUUUGAUUCCUUGCCCAACCUAUGGCAUUAGCUGCCAGUUUGGGUUACAACAACAUGAAUAAUCCAAUUUAAAAGCAAACAAAACCACCAACUGAAAACUGUCAUACAUUAAUUAAUAAUUUCCAGGUAGGCUGUAUUAUUAAAAGUUUAGCUGUCAAAAGGCCAGAGGGGCGUCUUCAGCAUAUAUAUGACACAUACGUGACAUUGCCAAGUAAAUAUUAUUUGUCUCAUUUCUGUUAACCACAACAAAAUAAUAGUUCAUCUUAGUACUGUUGAAGUACAAAUGAAAUUCCAAUUGACUUUAAGGAAGCAACUGUUUUAUUUGUUUAUUUGUAUUUGAUUAUUCCAGUUCUGGGGAACCUUUCACCCUCCAGAUGUUGCUGGCCUUCAACUCCCAUCAAUUUCAGCAAUCAUGGCCAGGGAUGAGGAGAAUUGCAGUUGUUACACAUAACUAUUUGUGUGGCAGUAGACCCAGAUGGGUGAUGAUAAUACUUAUGUGAUACAUAAUUAAACUGAGAAGCAUACAUUUCUGGACUAUAUCUCAAAACUUUCAAUUUCCUCAGUCCAUCACAACACAUAAUAGCUCAGUAAUUUAAUUUCUAAAAGGAGCCUUAAUAUGAAUCCCUCUGUUUUUAACUCUGGUUCAUUUUUCCUUACCUUAAGUUUCAGACCAGCAGCGAAGAGAGAAACUCAAGAAAGAAGUCGAAAAAUGUGAAAAGGAGAUGAUUUCAUCUAAAAAUGGGUCCCGAUCUAGUUCCAGGGAGAGUAGAAGACCACUGUCAGCCACCUAUAGAAAAGUAGGUAUAAUGAUUUUUAUUUUUUAAUUAGCCUUUGAUUCCAAUCCUGUCAGAGAAGGAUUCAUUCUAAUUGCUUUCAUUGUCGUGUUGAAUAAUAGCACAUCAAAUUACUAGUUCUUGUAAACUUUUGGUCUCAUAGCUACACUUGUUGACUAGCACUGGGUAGAAUUAUGUUAGCCAGGAGAGGAAUCUUUUUGUAAGACAAACACUUGGAAGAAUAAUGUUGUUUUCAUAGCAAUGAGAGCAGGAGAAACAAUUGACGGGAUUCAUUUUCGGUUUAAAAUAUGCACCGGGGUGUAUUUUGCAUCCAGCUGCUGCAUAAUGCUGGCCAUUAGCUGGUUGGUUCUUGCAUGACUAUUUGGUAUCUGACAAUGUGAGUGAUGACAUUAUUAGGUUUCUGGAAAAUAAUUGUGCUUUGGAAUAUUGUUGGUGCUGGAGAUGCAAUAUGCACAGUAGUUACUUCUGUUUUCUGUUUUGAAGAAGAAGAGAGGAAUGUCAGAUAAAAUAUGUGAGCUUUCAUCUUUUAGUCACUGUUAUUUUCUCGCAUCAAGGAUGUUGUUAUGUCUUUCUUAGCCCAUGGAUGAAGAUACUUCUAUAACCUUGAGAUGCUCUGCAGCACUUGCUAGCAAACUACUGCUUUGACCGUGUUUAUGUGGGGUUUGCAAUAAUGCAGGUGUCUUACAAGACAUAUGUGAGACUUUAAAAAUAAGUGCUCUUUCUACCAGUGAGAUAGGAAGAAGUAGAAUAUGACAUUUUAAAUGCAUUUAUUUAGAAUACUUCAGUCUCAUUUUAUAGCCCCGAGAAGCUCCCGAAAUAGCUUGUGAACGAUGCUCAAAAUAAAAUUGCAAUCAAGUCCACUACAGGAACUGAAAUUGCAUGGUGUCCGCAUAGAACUAGGUUUAUCCAGGCAAUGUUUCCUGCCCUCAUUCUUUGUUCUUCUCUGCUUUCAUGCAAGGCAGAAGCUCUCCCACCAAAAUCCUCUGGGGUAAGGAGUGGGGCUGAGCAGCUGGGAGUCAGCCAUAAUUCAGACAGGUCUACCUUUGCUUGCACACACAUUGCUUUUAGGCAAGUACGCAUUGUGUGAGUUACUGGGCUGCCUCUGAACACCACUGAAAAUGGCAUUCCUGCAUAUUCAACACUCCUCAUCGUUUCCCUUUAACAUGCAGAAUAACAGGCCUCAUUCCGUGACAUCAACAUGCUGUGCGUUUCUUCGCCUUCCUCAUGUGGAAGAGCUUUGUGAUGGUGCACUUAGGGCCCUCAUGUACGUCAAACAUGCAGGAAGAGGAGGAGUGUUGUCGGCGGGCACAAUCUCACUUCUUCCUUAACACAUGACCACCCCUAGUGCCAUUUCAUUGUGAUACAGUGGUAACUGACCCAGGACUUUGCAUUGAUGAAACCGUGUGGGUCAAUAUUCAUCAACACUGAUAACAACUGAUAAAGCCUUAAACGGCUCAGGACCGCAAUACCUCUCAAGGAUUGCCUCCUUCCAUAUGAACCUACGUGGACCCUGAGAUCAUCUUCUGAGGCCCUUCUUCAUGUGCUGUCUCCUCAAGAGGCCCAGAGGGUGCCUUUAGGCACCAGGCAAAAACGUUCCUUUUUAACCAGGCCUUUGCCUGACCUGAUCUACAUCCUAUACCAUUUUUAAAAUGUGGUUUUUUGGGUGGGGGAGGCUAUUGGGUUGUUGUUUUAAUUUUUAUUAUAUAUUUUGUGGUUUUAUAUCUUGAUUUUAAUCUGUGAACCGCCCUGAGACCCCCAUGUAUAGGGGGGUAUAUAAAUUCAAUAAAUAAUAAUAAAAUAAUAAUAAUAAACAACCUCUGUUGCCAAAUACAGCAUAUGUGCAACUGGAAAAGCAGGGUUGGUGGCACCUUCCACCCUGAAGCACCUUUGGCUGCCUUAGAUGCAGCUGUUUCAUUCAUUCAUUUAUGUACUGCUUAGAUGCUAAAAUGGCUUAUUCUGUGCCACUGCAAUACCAUCUGUCUAAAAAGCGUAAGUCUAGAACCUACUCAUUUUCAUGCCGUGCAGUUAGUGUUGUUUUGGAAGAGGGAGUUGGGUUGAGAAAUGAGAUCCUCCACUUGUACCACAGGUGCUAAGGGGUGGGUUGGGGGCCCAAGUUGUGGGUCUGUUGCGAUGAGCCCCAGAUCUGGGCAGACUGCAAAGCACAGUGCUGGUGAGAUCCCAGCCAUUCGCCAUCUUAAUGCCUAGAGUCAUCUAUGCAUAUAAAUUGGCAAUACUUUUGUAAUAGGUCUACAAGCCGAUGGAUCCCCUGUUCAUCUGUUUUACUUCUGUGUAGACAUGGUUAGGAUCAAGCUGCAAGUCUAAGAUAUCUGUAGAAGCAAAAGUGUAGGGAGUAGUUUAUGCAAUUCUUACUUAUAGCAGGCACCCAGUGUGUGGCAAGCAGAGCAACCUGUCUCAGUAUUACAUCCCAGCAACAAGCAGGGUGUGUGGAGAUUCUGCUCACCUGUUUUAUCUUUAAAUUCCAUCAAUUUAACUAGGAUCUGCUUCAAUUGCUGUAAGAGAUUACAUAUUAGAUGACAUUCAUCUUCUAAAUCAGGCUGUUCAUAAUUUCUCAGCUAUUGGGGGUCAGGAAAGUAAAUUAUAAUGAAUCUUAAUAUUCAGACAACAGAAUGAAAAGUCAUUAAAUAAUUACACUAUAUGAAUUUGUACUGUCUAAGCACUUUGUGGUAUUAUGAGCAGUCAGUGAUGGAUGAAUAGAAAUUUCUGAGGUUUUACUCCAUCUAAGUAUAAUAAAUACACUUUCCUGGAUAACCAACAAACUCAAUGUCCAAACAAAUUAGCCCGUCUUAGCAUUGAUUAUCCACCUGACUUUCUCUUCUAUUCUGCUUCUUUUUAAGUGGUGUUCAUUUGCAUUCUCUUCUCAUUAAUAGUGAUGAGCGCUGGCAUCUAAUCUUCCAUGCAUCAGCGAGUUUGCAUUUAUUAGCUUUAGCAUUAGUAUUUAGUGUUGCAGUUGCAUCUACCUGCUGCAGACAUAAGGCUACAUGUGAUCCCAGUUUUUCCAUUCAGAAUCCCUGCACUCAGAGAGAUCACCAGCUGCUUUUUGCAAUAGUUGCCCAUGUGAAAGAGUAAAUGAAGCAUCUUAUAAACUGGAUAGGCACAUUGCUCAAUUGUUAUUUAAGAUAUCCUAAUAUGAUAUAGUAGAAUUUUCUGGCCUGUAUGAAAAAUUGUUCAUGUAAACGGAAAGCCUCAUCUAUAACUAGUUUUGUUGUCCAAUAAAAUUGAAUAAACAAACCUUAGAGCUUGAAAAGCCCCUGGGAAUGCUGGAUCUAUGCCAGAUUUGGGAUUUAAAAUACAUCUGCUCUGUUCUGAUGUAACACUAAACUAUGGAUCACAGGGAUGGGGAACCUGUGAUCCUUCAGGGGUUUUUGGACUACAUUUCCCAUCAGCCUUGACCGUUGGCUUUUCUGGUUGGGACUUGUGAGAGUUGGAGUUGAAGAAUAUCUAGACAGCGAUAGGUUCCCUAUCCCUGGUUUAGCAUUAUGAGAAUCAGCUUUGGAGAACUAAAUGUCCCGUCCCCAGUCCUUCUCCUAUCUCCUAGGGCAAAGCUACAAGGAAGAGGUCAGAAGAAUUUGCUUCUAUUUUUGAUUAAGCACAUGUUUUCCCAACGCUAAACUGUGGAGUCAGAAUUUAGGAUUUGAACAACAUGCUAAACUGCAGUUACUUUAAAACAGAAGGAAAAAUAGUUUAACAUGACAUCAGAACCCUAAACUGGGAUUAAUCUUAACUAUAAUUAUAAAACUAUAAUUACAAAAUUACAAAAAAACUAUAAUUACAAAACUAUGGUUUGAAGUUGGUUUUUCUGCUAACCAAAGUUAAGAUUAACCACAGUUUCUGUGGGUUAAGGCGGCAUGGCAAACUAUGGUUUGGAAUACAGAAGUGAAAACUUCCAAUUUUCCUUGUGUCCAAGGAGAAGGGAACACAGAAGCUUGGGGGCUCCUGCAGUGCAUUCUCAGAAUGUUGCAGUACAGUGGUACUUCAGGUUAAGAACUUAAUUCGUUCUGGAAGUCCGUUCUUAGCCUGAAACUGUUCUUAACCUGAGGUACCACUUUAGCUAAUGGGCCUCCCGCUGCUGCCAUGCUGCCGUGCGAUUUCUGUUCUCAUCCUGAAGCAAAGUUAUUAACCCAAGGUACUAUUUCUGGGUUAGCGGAGUCUGUAACCUGAAAUGUCUGUAACCUGAAGUGUCUGUAACCCGAGGUACCACUGUAUAGUUUAGCAUUGUCUGAUUCAGCCCAAUGUUUUGAGUCAAAAUACUAUGUUACAAACUGGCAAGUGGUGUGUACCAUACACUUUGAGCUAUAUCCAAAUCAGUCUUUUUACUUCUUCCCGUGUAAUGCAGAAAUUCUUAAAGCAACCUACGUGCACUGAAAAAAUGACAGCCGUGUCCUUGACGUGUUGCAAUUCAUCAGGUUGAGCAAGUGUUACAAAGUUCUCCUGUUCAAUAAAACAUAUCCUAUUUGUGCAGAUCGCAGUAUUUUUUAAGACUGGGUCUGGGUGGCUGGGCAGAGAGGCAAAACUAGGAAGCUUUGUGGUUUGUUUUGUGCUGUCAGGGUUAUUCAAUAGCGCUUCUACCACUCAGUGGGAUCUGUGUGAAAGAUAUAUAUGUUUUGCUGAAGGUUAGCUGUAUCUUUCUUCUAGUUUCAUGCUUCAGUAUGGAAUCGAAGCCAUGGGAAGAGUCCCCUAGGAACAGGAUGUGUCUGUCGCCUGUACAGAUUCAUGGUUUUCUGUAAAUCUUGAAUGACUUUCUGCAGUUCAAAGUCAGACAAAGCCUUCAGGAGUGCUGACUCCCUAGUUUUAUCUGCAACCCAACUUUUCUAAUUCCUUCUCAUUGUACAGGGCUCUGUUCUGCAGGUGUAUUUGUGGAAAUUGACCCACUGAAGGUCAGAAGGCAGCUAAGGAGCACUUCAUAAUUCUUUCACUUGGAAACACUUUCUUUUGUUCUUGCCCCAUUGUUGCGAUUUUGAUGUCUCAUAUCUUUGUUAUUUGAGUGGUGACUGAUCUGUUGCAGGGGUUCCCAAACUGUGGUCCAUGGAUCACCAGUGGCCCAUGGGCUUCAUUCAGGUGUUCCUCAGUGGCAGGUCUAUGAUGAACAAUGAGAGAAGCAGCUAUGAAUGGUGGGCAGAAUGCAUUAAUUGUUCUUGUUGAUUUUUAAUUGUAUUUUUAUUCCUUCUGUUGUAUUUCUACAUUUGUUGUAUUAUUUAUUAUCAUGUUUUAUAUUGCGUUCUAUGGAAUUCAAAUUGCAGUACAAGAAAAAAAUCAAAAGCUAAGAAAAUACAAUUAGAAAUUCUACAGCAUCUAGCAGAGACCCACCAAGUGUCCCUAUUUUCCAGGGACAGUCCCUGGAAGCCACAAUCCCACAAUGUCCCGCUUUUCCUUAGGACGUCCCUAUUUUCAUCGGUUAAAUUUUGGAGGUAGCACAGCACAUUAUAUUCUGCUUUGACAGGCGGAAGAUAAAAUCAGUAAGUGGUUCACUAAGACCCUCAGCAAUUUUCAAGUGAUUCAUGGGGACAAAAUUUUGGGAACUCCCGAUCUUUUGGAUUUUAUCAAAUUUUUGUUGUAUGGUUUAUUGUAUUAAUAAUAUUUAGCACAUCAAAAUAACACAACAAGAAGGACAAGAUCUCCUAUGCCUCUAAAAACAAUCUGUUUUUGAUAGCCAUGCUGAACAGGCCAAUCCCUACUGUGGAAUGGCUCAUUUUAAAGUUCUUGGUCAGAGUACACAGCCAAGAGUGUGUUAGAUUUUGUUGGAGUGGGGAUGAUUGAUCUCAUUUUUGUGAUGAAAUCUUUCUUUCAACCUGAGACUUCGGAUAUAGGAAGAUAUAAAACAGUAGCAGGAUGGUUAUCACUGGUCUUUGAAUGUAACUAAGAGACUCUAUGAUAAAAAAGAGAGAUUUUGCAUGUUCUUUUGUAAUUCAAGAAAAUCUUUAAUCAAAAUUAUUUCCAAAACCAAACAACACUCAGGAAUUCCUUUGGUGUGGAGUGGCGUGGAGAGGAAUAUAGCUUGUUAUCACAUAAUAUCAAAACUGAGAUGAUAACCGCUAAGUCUCAGUUGUGUAAUUUAUGCUCUGUUUGUUGGCAUGAGGUGACAGAAGCAAGAAUAGAGCAAUUGUUGGUCUUAUCAGCUGUCCACAGCUGGCCAAAAGCUUCUCCUCUAAAAAUGCACAUCUAUCUGUACUGAGCUUUUGUUUGGCUCUGAGCAUCCUCAAAUGUGUGGCUCAUUCUGUUUCAUACUUCAAGGCAAUUGUUCUUCUUUUUUGCUAUCAUUCCCAUUAUUAUUCCUUAGUCUGGUCCAUUAUCUAGAGUUUCCAGCAUUACAAAACGGUCUGCAUCUCUCUCCCCUCCCCAAAAUAAUGUACAGUGGUACCUCGGAUUACAUACACUUCAGGUUACAUACGCUUCAGGUUACACACUCCGCUAACCCAGAAAUAUUACCUCAGGUUAAGAACUUUGCUUCAGGAUGAGAACAGAAAUCAUGCUCUGGCGGCGUAGCGGCAGCAGGAGGCCCCAUUAGCUAAAGUGGUGCUUCAGGUUAAGAACAGUUUCAGGUUAAGAACAGACCUCCAGAACGAAUUAAGUACUUAACCCGAGGUACCACUGUGUCUCAUAGUCCAGUGGUAGUCAAAAUGGUGGCCUCAAAAUGUUGUUGGACUCCAACUCCCAUCAGUUCUAGCCAACAUGGCCAGUUGGCAGGAAUGAGUUGUAUCCCAACAACAUCAGCAGGGCACCAUUUUGGCUACUCUUGUACUAUUCUUUUUCAUUCUUCUUACCAACCAGCAACUCUGUUUUAGAUGUUUUGUAAGUUUGCUUCAUAACAUACAUCACUCUUGCACUCCUAGCCUGUUGAUUUUAAUGGAACUUGCUCUCAAGUAACAGCUGAGUGAGAUACUACCCUGUUGAACUGCCAAAACACUUGUUGCAAUAGGAGGUAAUAGGGAUUUGGAGGAAUGCUUACAUGGGAGAAUUGGCAAGUAGGAAGGAAGUGUACACAAGCCCAUGUCUGCUAAUUCUCUAAAGCAUAUUCCAUACUUCUCCCCACCAGGGUGCUAUUCCUUCUUCUGGUUUUGGAGACAGCAGUAGAGAGGAAAUCCAUUAAAAAUGGCAGGAGGGAUUUUCAGGGGAGAGUUUGUGGACAGGAAAAGGAUUAUAAACCCUCUCCCAAUUCUUCUUCAAAAGUUGACAAGCCAUGUUUCCCUUUUGUCUAGUUCCACUGUAGGUAUAGAUUUGUAUUAAAGGGACACGGGUGGCGCUGUGGUCUAAACCACUGAGCCUCUUGGGCUUGCCGAUCAGAAGGUUGGCGGUUCGAAUUCCCGUGAUGGGGUGAGCUCCCGUUGCUCUGUCCCAGCUCCUGCCAACCUAGCAGUUCAAAAGCACACCAUUCCAAGUAGAUAAAUAGGUACCGCUGCAGUGGGAAGGUAAACAGCGUUUCUGUGCGCUCUGGUUUCCGUCAUCGUGUUCUGUUGCGCCAGAAGCAGUUUAGUUAUGCUGGCCACAUGACCCGGAAAGCUGUCUGUGGACAAACAUCAGCUCCCUCGGCCAGUAAAGCAAGAUGAGCACCUUUGACGGGACUUAACCAUCCGGGGUCUUUUACCUUAGAUUUGUAUUGCUAUUUUUUAAUGGAUUAUUUCCACAUUCUACUUGUCUUCUACUACUUUUAUGUCUUCUCUGCAUUCCUCUUUUUUCAAGCCCAUUAAAAAAAGUGUCAUAUCAGAGGGAAAUGCGAUCAUAUUCAGACCAAGCAAACUACCCUUAAGAGACAGUGAAAAAUAAAUCACAGCUUUCAAAGGCACUGCAAAGUAGCUUUCUCAGAUGAAGCUAGCUAGAAGUUCCAGUACACUAGAAAACUGCAGCAUCUGCAUUUUGAUGAUGUGUCUUUCAGGCUAUCUUUGUAUCUCACUAAAUAAAAAACAGCUGAAGACCAGAAGCAGGAAUAAAUGGAGUUGAAAGAAGACACUAAAGAGGACACAUAGUAAUGAGGCCUGUAUUCUUGGUACCCUAUUAUGAAGUGAUAGGAAGUGGUCUGAUUUGGAAUCCAGUCCCAAAUACUAUCUUCAGCAUCCGUCUGUUGUUUCUUUUAAAAAGGGGGAUCAAUAGUAUAAUUUUGGUUUAAGACAAAGAUGUGUCCUAGGUUAGCUCUCACAACUUCCCUAGAUUUCCUUUAGGGCUUGGUCUCACCAUUGCAAAUCCCCAUUGCCACCAACAUUUUAUCUAGUGACUGUAAAACUGCCCAUGCACUGAGGUCAUCAAAUGAGGCACUGCUCUGGAAGCCCCGUCCUUGGGAAUAAGGAACAGUGAUGCCUCUGCUAUGGUACCCCAAAUCUGCAGUGCCCUCCCUCCCUCCCCAGACACCAUUUGCCUGUCCUUACUCUGUUAUAUUUUAGCCACCAUGACAAACUUUGUUUUUCCAACCUUGGAGCAGUGUAUAACCUCAGGUUAUUGCUGGUUGUGUUGCCGGCUUUCGUUGCCAUUGGAUUUUUAGCUGGUUUUUAUGUUAAUCGUUUUCAUUUCAUUUGCAUUAUUUUCCAGACUGUUUGUAAGCCACCUUAGAAGUUACGUGUAGAAAGGCCAAGCGAAAUCCAUAAACAAACAAAUAAUAGUUGGUUUCCCUGCCAACAAACGGCACUGAUGCUAGUUGUGAGUGGGUAAACAUUCGGGAGAUGGGAAACACAUUGCGGGGAUACUAAUUCCUGUGGGAGGGGAAGCUGCAAGAGAAGGUUUCUUCACAGUUUAAAAAAAAUUCUGAAUGGGCGUCCCAGAAUGUGCUGUUUUGAUUCCUUUUGCUGGCCACGAACAGGAGGUGCCGCCACAGCCCCAAUGGCUCGGCCCAAGCACAGCUCGUCUCCCUGUGGCUCCGGAAGGUGGCAGACACGUGGCCUUGGUGAGGGAGCCUGUUGUGAAUGUGCUGGGUUGCACUCCCUCAGAAUUUUGCACCCGGGGCCAUUCCUACCCACCCACGCUAUAGCACUCCACGAGAAACUGGUGUGCUUUCCACCUAAGAGUCCUUAAUAAGAAGUGGGCACAUAGGACACAAGACUUCCAACUAAGAGGAGUCCUGAUGAAUCUAUGAAGAAAGAUGAAAGGAAGCAGGUGGCACGCCUGGUGUUUUCUUUGAAGCAUUCAGUUUUCAGAUGCAUUAAAUCUACAAUGUGAUUUAUUUAGGUAUUUAAUCCGCACUUCAUGUAUGUGUGGCAGUAGUGCAUGUGCUGCAUUUUGUUUUUUAAUGUUCCGUUUCAGUGCUAGCUGGUUUGCUCACUCGCUCGCUCUCAAAAAAAAUGCUAUCUGGCCUUGGGGCCUAGUGCUUUCAAGAACCUGGUCCUAAUUUUUUUGCUGCUGGAGCUUCUUCUCUAGCAGUAUCACAACCCCAGAAAUCUAAAGGGAUGAUAUUAAGUUGCAAGUUCUUUCAUUUAUUGUUCAGUUUAAUAACCUGCCUGUUCAUGUACCAUACUCAAGGUGGCUAACAAAGAAUAAAUACAUAGUGAGCAAUAAAAAUGUGAAAAAAAUCAUAUAAAUAAUAGAAUUGUAAAGUUGGAAGAGGGACGCGGGUGGUGCUGUGGGUUAAACCACAGAGCCUAGGACUUGCCGAUCAGAAGGUCGGCGGUUCGAAUCCCUGUGACAGGGUGAGCUCCCGUUGCUCGGUCCCUGCUCCUGCCAAUCUAGUAGUUCGAAAGCCCGUCAAAGUGCAAGUAGAUCAAUAGGUACCGCUCCGGUGGGAAGGUAAACGGUGUUUCCGUGCUUCUCUGGUUCACCAGAAGCGGCUUAGUCAUGCUGGCCACAUGACCCGGAAGCUGUACGCCAGCUCCCUCGGCCAGUAAAGCGAGAUGAGCGCUGCAACCCCAGAGUCGGCCACGACUGGACCUAAUGGUCAGGGUCCCUUUACCUUUUAGAGUUGGAAGGGACCCUCAGGGUCAAGUAGUCAAACCCCCUACAAUGCAGGAAUCUCAAGUAAAGAUAGCUGUCGAACUCUGUUUAAAAAUGUCCAAGGAAGGAGACAAUGAAGGAGAAUUUACCACUUUCCAAGGGAGUCCAUUCUACUGUCUGAAAGUACUUCCUGAUGUUGAGCCAGAAUCUCCUUUUUUGUAACUCGAAUCUAUUGGUUCAGAUCCUAGCCUCUGCCGGAGCUGGAGAAAACAAGCUUGCUCCAUCUUCCACAUGACAGCCAUUUAGAUAUUUGAAGAUGGCUAUCAUAUCUGCUUUCAGUCUCCUCGUUUCCAGGCCCAACACACCCAACUCCCUCAAACUGUUCCUCGUAAGGCUUGGUUUCCAGACCCUUUAUUAUUUUGACUGCCCUCCUCUGCACACAUUAAAGCUGGGAAAAAGACUGUACUUUUUAAUGAAAUAAAGCAGAAGGAGCCUUACUCUCUGUGUAUGUAUUUUUUAAUCCCUGCUAGGAUACCUUGGAAGCAGAAGACAACGUUGGGCUACCCUCGUGUACACCUAGUGAACAAAGGUGUGUGUUGGGCCCCCAGGCAACUCCAGAGAGGCAAAACACAGCCCUUCCGAAUGCUGCAAAUCCUGCCAGGAAAGAUGCUCCGAAAGCCUCCAACAUCUCAGACCCAACCUCGUGUGUCCAUACAUCGAGUCUCCAGAGGUUGCACUCCAAAAUGUCAUCCAACUCUUCUUCUGACAGCAUUGCAAACAAGCAUCCUCACAAGGCCCCGAACCCUGAACCCAAAGUGUGCAGCGGGGAUCUCCUUGACAAGCACUCUGAACGUUUCACCAAUGGUCGGCAGCCAUUCACUCCACGCACUUUGAAAUCGGAUGCAAAGUCCUUCCUUUCGCAGUACCGUUAUUAUAAGCCAGCAAGACAGAAAAUAAGCAAUUUCACCAAGCAGGUGGAAGCAGAAACACAGACCGACAUAAGCAGGUGAAAAAACCUUCGUAAGCAGUCUGUGCUCAGUCAUGCAGCAAACUUUCUUAUAAUGAACGCUGCAUUUAGCUACCGGUUCGUGUCUAAUCUCAGCUAUGGAAAGCUAUACAUGUCGUGUGGCAGUGGACCUGCAUGCUUCCCUGCCACCCAUGACUUAAUAUUUGCACCCAGUGUACCAGAUGCAAACUCCCUUUCCUCUGUCCAUAUACACCUCCACACCCUAGAGGGUUCCCCCAACCCUCUAGAGCAGAUUUGGGGAGGGUGCCGGACAUGCACAAAGACUGGAGGGAGGAUUUCCAUUGCAAUAGUGGGAAUCCUUGCACUAACAGAAUGAGUGCGUUGGACACUGGCCUUAAUCAUAACUAAUUUGUCCCAUUCAUUUCAAUAGGUCCUAAAUUCAACUAACUGAUUUAAUAUAUUUAUUGAAAUUUAUUUUCGGCCCACGUUUCAUCCACUGAUGCUUAGACAAAAGGCAGGCUAAUGCCAGGAGAGGUGCUCCUUCAAAUACUCAUGUUCCAACCCAUUUAGGACUUCAGUGUUAAGCUAUGAAUUGGACUCAAAAGCAAACAGGAAGUUAGUCUGGCUCUAAGCCAUGGAAUUCAAUAUUAAUACAUAAUUACAGAAACUUAAUGUUCCAAAGCUCUGAAUAUUGAAAUGUAUUCACAUUGUGAUAUAUGAACUACACAAGUUUUAGAAGACAUCUGAAGGCAGCUUUGUAUCAGGAAGUUUUUAAUGUUUGUUUUUUUUAUACUUUUAUAUGUGUUCGAAGCUGCUCAGAGUGGCUGUGGUUUAAAUUCUUCUUCUUCUUCUUAUUAUUAUUAUUAUUAUUACAUUAGCAAAUGGUGUCCUCUGUUCCACAGUUGAAAUGAGAAAAGAGAGGUUGCCAUAUGCAGUGUCUGAUCAUGUCAACAGAUAAGUUGGUUAGACUAAAACUAGGAUACUGUGACCUGCCCAAGGUCACUUUGUGACAACCGUUGAACUCAAUUCUCUAAAGAUUCAAGGCCAACAUCCUAACUUGAGAACCACCAUGACUCAAUCCCUUUCUUAGAUUUGGCAUUGUGGGUACGAUAAGUGUAUUGGACAAUGAUCAAAUUAUUUGGUAUGCAUGUGUUUUCUUCUGCGGUGAAGUGUCAUAUACAUUCAUGGAGUUGUUUCAAUCAAUAAUAAAUUCACUAAGCACUGCUACUUCAUAUCCUCCAUGUAAUUUUCAUUCUUUAAUUUCCCCCCAAAAUAAUGGAAAAUAAGCAGGAACAGUGUUGUAGGAAAUAUAUCCUAUUAUUGAGAAAUAUGUGUGAUACAUGGUGAACACCCUCUUCGCCAAAGCACACGUUCUCCCAAUCUAAUAUUGUCAAAUCUUCCCGUUCUGAGGGGUUGCUGAAUGCUGUCAGGACCAUGAAUAUCUAUUGUGUAGCUUGUUAUUCAUAGGACUGAGGGUGUGCCCUAGCUGAGCAACGGUAGCUAUUAAUAUCAUCUGGCUUCCUCAUCUAUGUUGCAAUUGCCUCCAAUACUAAAAUGCAGUGAUAACUAAGCAGAUGGAUUUGCACUUUUCACCCAUCAGUGCCUUCAUCACUCAAGCAAGAGCAUAGCUGAGAUUGUCCCAGGUAUCUAAAAGCAUUACAAUUUCCAUUAGGUUUUUGUUUGUUUGUUGAAAGUUGGAUGUUCUGACAUACAGAAGAAGAAAAAACCAGUGUACUGUUUAAAGGUAACUUCAAGAUCUGCCUAAUAUAUCAUAUUACAUUUUGCAGUUUUCAAGUGGCGUCUGAAGGGUCAGAAAAAAGUAAUAUGGCUGACUUUCAGAAGAUGAUAAAGGAGGUAAUUCAAGUGAUAUAUUUAAAUGUAUUUCAGUCAACAAGCCAUUUUACAUCUUAACCUUCCAAGUGGUAAUAACAUUUAAAUGGAUCACUAUUUAGACCCUUGGUGUUAAGCAUCCAUGACAGGUGACCAUCCAGCCUCUGCUUUAAAAUGUACCGGAAGGAAAGCCCCCCACCUUCUCAGAGAGUCUGUCCCACUGCCAAACAGCUCAUACUGCCUGAUGUUUAAUCAGAAUCUGGUUUCAUAUAACUUGAAUCUAUUGGUUCAGGUCCAACCCUCUGGAGCAGGAGAAAACAAGCUUGCUCCAUCUUCCAUGGAGCUGUUUACAAGCACAAUUCAAAGUGUUGGUGCUGACUUUUAAAGCCCUAAAUAGCCUCAGCCCAGUAUACCUGAAGGAGCAUCUCCACCUCCAUCAUCCAGCUCCAAGAGCCUUCUGGCGGUUCCCUCACUUCAGAGGGCCUUCUCGGUAGUGGUGCAUGCCCUGUGGAAUGCCAUCCCGGCAGAUGUCAAGGAAAUAAACAACUAUCUGACUUUUAGAAGUCAUCUGAAGGCAGCCCUGCUUAGGGACGUUUCUAAUGUUUGAUUGUGUUUUUAAUGUUCUGUUGGGACCUGCCCAGAGUGGCUGGAGAAACCUAGCUAGAUGGGCAGGGUAAAAAUAAUAAAUGAUGAUGAUGAUGAUGACAGCCCUUGAGAUGUUUGCAGGUGGCCAUCAUAUUUUGUGAGAGUAGCUUGUGGUCCUGGGGAGUUGAAAAGGAAUAGGUUGCUACACAACUGUAUGGCAUAGAAUCAUAGAAUUGUACAGUUGGAAGGGAUCCUGAGAGUUAUCUUGGUCCAAGCCCCUGGACUAGUUGAGGAAUCUCAACUAAAAUAUGAAACACUGCCAGGCCUCAUGUUCUCAUAAUAAGCUGUCUGGGUUAUUCAGCUCACUAUUGUAUACACUGUCUGGCAGCGGCUCUCCAUGGUUUCAGAUGGGAGUCCUUCACUAGCUCUUCCUGUAAAUGCCAGAGAUUGAACCUGGAGCUUCUGCUUGCAAAUGUUCUACUGCUGAGGUAUGGUCCUUUCCCAUACCUGAAAAGUCCAGGCGCAUUGCGUUGUUCCUGGUAUGGUGGCAGAGCACAUGCACGUUGAGGAAGGGACAGGUUCGGUUCCACAUGUUAACAGACUACAGUUCUUUCCUCUCACUUUCCAUUUCUUUUGCACCAAUAACACAGAUGCUUUCUCUGGGUUGUAGGUGGAAGACACUGCAGAUGAUAAGGCUGAUGAAAUGAAGUCUUUCCCCCAGUUCUCCUCACCAAGGUACAUGUCAUUUGGGGGUGGGUGGCAAUAUUCAUACUCAAUCAAUAUUCAUGCCGUUCUUCUGAUGCUGGGCUUAUGACCAUCCAGAAAAGGCGCCUUUUUUGAGAUUAAGGCUAUUAUAUAUGCUUUCUAUAUUUACAUAUUCCUUCAAACAUAAAUUCAUCAGCAAAACUAGUAAGAGGGAAAGUGUGUUUGAAAGGAGGGGGCAAUUUUGUUAACAGCAAGAGCAUCUCUCUCUCUACCAAUAAAUGGCGAGAAUGCGAUAAAACAAAAUGGUUAUUGGAAGCAACUCUGGCCCAGGGUGGUACACCAAGAAAUAUUUCGGGCAAGUUGUUGGUAACAAAAGAUGGAAAGGAGGUUCAAGUUCAUUUGGAUGUGGCCCAAAUACUUGUUGCCUUCAUGGUUAAUAAAAAGUAUAAUAACAAACAAGACCAGGCUAAGGGGUGGGAGUGGAAGGGCUAUGAAUAUUAAUACAUAUGAAGAAAUUUAAAUGGCGCUUGUGUGUCAAAUAAUCUUCAUUUAGUCAUGUUAAAAAGUGAGCAUGUGAAGUAGCUGUGUCAUGUGGCUGCUAGACUAACAUCCCCUCUCAGGAUCUGGUUCUCGUAUCACCAGACAGAGUCAGGGUUAAGGGCCUAGUGAGGAAACACCUGACCUGCCAGAUCAGCCAGACCCUGUACACCUCUGCCUCUUGAGUGCUUUGAAGCAAAUUUUGUCCUGUUCUUAUGCUCCAGCACCAAUAUGGCUGCGACAUCAGAUAUACCAUUUAAAAACUCCAAAUUCCUUCUUCAAAGAAAGUCGCAGUUCUUUUCACUGGCUUUUACCAUAGCUGAGAUACCUUUUUGUCCUGCCCCUCCCCAACACACAAACAUACACCCCACAAAACUGAGCUGCACAAGGAUUCACACUUGUGCAAUGCAGCUCCCCCCCCCAAUCUGUUCUAGGGGUUCCCCCAACUCUCCAAAGCAAAUGUCUAGAGGGUGCAGGGCACACGUGGAAGGAGAGAAGGAAAAGACAAAUUCAUGCACUGAUGUGGCAGUUUAGUUGGAUACCACUCAUUGGGCUGUAUCCAACUAAGUUCUACUCAAGUGUGGACCCUUUGGAAUUGAUGGACAUAAGUUAGUUGUGUCCAUUCAUUUUAAUGGAUCUGCUUCUGUAUGAGUAACAUUGAAUACAAACUAGUCAACAAAGCUGCCCUGCUAAUGCAAGCAUAAUUCCCGCCCCCCACAUUCCCCCAAAUCUACUCCAGAAGGUUGGAGGAGCCUCCAUGACUGAUUUUUGACUGAGAAGGGAAGUUCUUUUCCACAAAUGGAAGACGGCUUCAUUAGAUACAGCUCAAUUGUGUUUUGUUUUGAUUUUCCAGAUAAACCUCUUGAGUUUAUAGCCAAACUCAAGCCUACUCAUAUUCUUGAUGACUCACCUGUGCUGAGCCACAGAGGCCCCCCAAAUAAAAAGGUGCAGCAGGUAUUUGUGCAUUCUGUGCGCUCUCCGUCUGCAUCGAGGACAAAAGCACUGAAAUAAAAUAGAUUUAGUGGGUGGCAUAUUCGGCAACAUGAGAGCUCUAUGAUAGGCAUGCUGUAAAAUCACUGAAUCAAAGGCCUACUUAAGGAGCAUUUCCCUUUAGGAAACGAGAUAUUGUAAAUUCAGAAGCUUAUAAAAGUCAAUGUACUUUUCUUGAGCUGAAAAGCAGCAUUGUCAGAAGUGAUUUUUCAAACUACCUUUUGUUGUGAUCAUGAAGGCAUUAGUAUGUAGAACACACCAACGGGGCCAUUCAUUGGAUAAAUUCCUCAUGCUAAAAAAAUUUCAGUCUAAAUAGCAUGCAGGUCACGUACUUGAGGCCCAUCAGAAGUGGCAGUCCUUGGCUUAUAAGAGAUCCCUGGGCAUCUUCCUUAAAAGAUGGUUUUAUGUGAAGGUCAUUUCAGAAAGAGUUGCCAGAAUUUGAUGAAUGCAAGAGAAUGAAGCCAGUCUCUAGAAUAUUGCUUAACCUUAUUUGCACCACGUGUAUGUUACAUUUUGAAACCAGGUUAAUGUUGAUACCCCUCUUCACAAGGAAUCCUGGGAAAUGUAGUUACGCUAGGAGGGCUAGGAAUCACUAACAAAUUUCUCGUCAUCCUUCCCAAGCCGUAAAUACCCAAGAUUAUUUAGUGAGGCAAUAACAGCUAGACAGAAACCCUUUACACGUGUUCCUCUCCACAUGUGGACUAAACACAUGGUAUUCAGCCCACCCUCUGACAAUAGGAGCCUCCCCCUCCACAUUUAGUCUAUUCAUUGAGGUAUAUAUGAGCAUAUAUGCAUGACGGCUUUGUGGUAGUGUGUUGCCUUCAGUGUCUGACUUCUGCUGCCCUCUCUCCCACCCGCUUGUGGCUCAGGGUGACGUCACCGUCUUCUACGCAGUCCCCAACGAUGAAAAGAAUCCAAGCUGAGUAAGUGCCAUUUUCAUUUCAGCAUUGCGAAAAUUCUGAACGUUCAGAAUUGUUAAUAAUAAAGCUGAACCAAUAAUGAGGGAGCACCUUCUGAGCUGGUCACUUUAUGCCACGGAAGAGGAGUCUGUGGCCUGCCAGCUGCAGUUCGACUCCAGAUCCCAUCAGCCCAAUGGUGGCAAAAACCUCUCAUUGGCAAAUCAUUCCUUUGUUCCAGGCACUCUUUCUUUCCUUUUUCUCCUCUUCUGCCCUCCACCUUUGAUGCCUAAACGAGGCACAUAGUGUCGGGAGAGAACCAAUUGUAACAUGAUGCUUCCUUAUCUGGUUGAUUGGUUUAAACAGUGUCUACCACUGCUAUGGGACGCGGGUGGUGCUGUGGGUUAAACCACAGAGCCUAGGACUUGCUGAUCAGAAGGUCGGCGGUUCGAAUCCCCGUGACGGGGUGAGCUCCCGUUGCUCGGUCCCUGCUCCUGCCCACCUAGCAGUUUGAAAGCACGUCAAAGUGCAAGUAGAUAAAUAGGUACCGCUCCGGCGGGAAGAUAAACGGCAUUUACGUGCAUCUCUGGUUCACCAGAAGCAGCUUAGUCAUGCUGGCCACAUGACCCAGAAGCUGUACGCCGGCUCCCUCGGCCAGUAAAGCGAGAUGAGCGCCGCAACCCCAGAGUCGGUCACGACUGGACCUAAUGGUCAGGGGUCCCUUCACCUUUACCUUUACCACUGCUAUGAAUAAAAAUUAAAAGAAACCCUGUCCUCCUUAUUCCUUCCCGUGCUUUUUAGGAGCAAAGAUGCAUCACACACAGUGAGAAAAACACACAUAAGUGUGGAAAACGCUCCUGGGGGGACGGCAGACCCCCAGUACCUCUGAGCAUCUCCCGGUAGGCACGUCUCUGGAAUGGCAUGUGCACAGUGCCCAUCUGUGACACUUCUCUUACGAAAAGUGCACACAAGUCUUCUGGCAUCACACAGCAAGAAGAUAGAGACAUCCGCAGAUCUAAACUACGUUUUAUUCACAGUAUAUACAGAGAAUUCAUAAUCCUGUCUGUGUUCACCAAACUGGCAGAAAACAGAAAGCAUACAGCAAAAGUGAAAGUAUAGUCCAAUAACACUCUCAGACGGAAGAGAUAAGAUAUUCUUCCGUUCCCACACUCUUCUCAGACAUCUCAUGUGAUUUAUACUAAUCACACUAACCAACAUCGGUUACGUAAAAUCCUAACAUCCACCCCCAUUUUAGGUAAUCGAUGCUGCGUAAGCAAGGGCAGCAUUAAGUGACUUAAACAGUUGUCAUACCCAUAGUAUACAUCUGUUGUACCAGUUCCACCUUUGGAACUCCCUGCAAUUGGACUGACCAGUUCACACCUCUGAUUACCUUUCUUCCAUGGGAUUAGAGCUCUAGUUUUCCCUUGGUCUGAGGAAACAGUGUUGACUCUUGCAACCUUCAGGCGUGGUUUCUUGCCCUUUGAGGACAAACCCUGUACUCUGUUCAAGAUCUCAGGUUCUGUAACCUGGUCUGGAAUGCAAGCCACAGCUAUAUUUGGAACAGCUGUGUUGGCAAAUUCCUGAGCAUACCUGUUGGGUGGUUUACCCUUCGUAGCUCUAUCUGAUCUGUGUAUCAGGGGCAGGUCUUCCUUACUGACCAUCUCCUCUUUGGGAGAACGACUUACAGUGAACAGUGGCUUCUCUUCUUCCAGUUCAGACUCUAACAAUGGUCUGGACAAUAUACGUGUACUUCUAGCAAUAACUGUGUCACCUGUAUCAGAACUCUCAGUGGUGCUUUCACUGUCACUAUCUUUUUUUAUAUAUAUAAUAAUUUUUAUUCAGUUUCCAAUAUACAUUCCAUCCAUAUUUAACAUCCACUUCUAACAUAUACAUCUUUUAGACUUCCCUCAACCUAUCUGACAAUUUUCCAUAUAAUCACAAUUACUCGCAUUUCUUAAAUUUAUAUUGCGCUUUAACAAUCUUAAUCUUAUCAUAUCUUUUAAGCAACAUUUCUAUCCAUCAUUUUCACAGAGCUUCUUGAAAACCAACAAGCGUUAUUUGCUUCUCACAUACAUUUUUGGUAUACUCUGUAAAUUUAUUCCAGUCCUCGGUGAAUCUCUGGUCACGUUGAUUCCGAAUUUUCCCCGUUAAUUUGUCCAUUUCUGCAUAUUCCAUCAAUUUCAUUCUCCAUUCUUCCCUCGUCGGCAUUUCUUCCUGUUUCCAUUUCUGGGCCAUCAAAAUUCUAGCUGCUGUCAUUGCAUACCUAAAUAAUUUCACAUCCUUCUUUUUAAUUUCAUUCCCUAAUAUUCCUAGUAAAAAUGCCUCUGGUUUCUUAACGAAAGUAUAUUUCAACAUUUUCUUCAUCUCAUUAUAAAUCAUUUCCCAGAAGCUUUUCACUUUCUUACACUCCCGCCACAUGUGAUAGAAUGUUCCUUCUUUUUCCUGACAUUUCCAACAUUUAUUACUGACUUUAUACAUCUUACCAAGUUUCACUGGUGUUACAUACCAUCUAUACAUCAUUUUCAUAACAUUUUCUUUUAUUGUAGUGCAUGCAGUGAAUUUCAUUCCUUCUUUCCACAAUUUUAUCCACUCAUCAAAUUGUAUAUUAUAACCAAAAUCUUUAGCCCACUGAAUCAUAACUGAUUUAACUUCCUCAUCCUUUGUAUGCCACUCAAGUAAUAACUUAUACAUUUUUGAUAAAAUUUUAACAUCACUGUCCAAAAUUUCUUGAUGAAACCUAGAUUUCUUUUCCUGAAAACCUCUUUCUGACAACUCUUUUUUGAACAUUGCAUUUAACUGAAAGUAGUGCAACCAAUCAUUUACGUUUUCUUUAACUUCUUCAUAUGGUCUCAAUUUCAAUUUAUUACCUUCUUUAAUUAUCAAAUUCUCGUAAGUAAUCCAUCUCCCUGUCAUAUUGAUCUUUUUCACACUCAUUAUCUCCAAUGGUCAUAACCAGUAUGGAGUUUUAAACUCUAGUAAAUUUUUAUACCUAUUCCAAACUUCCAUCAACGAUCCUCUAAAGAUGUGGUUUUCGAAACCCUUAUGCACUCUAUUCUUUUCACACCAUAAAUACGCUUGCCAACCGAAUCUAUUAUCAUAACCUUCUAAGUCCAACAAUUCUGUGUUUUCUAACUUUAUCCAUUCUUUCACCCAGCAAAGACAUGAGGCUUCAUAAUAUAACUUUAAAUCUGGCAGGGCAAAGCCUCCUCUAUCUUUUGCAUCUGUUAAUAUUUUAAAUUUUAUUCUUGGCUUCUUGCCCUGCCAGAUAUAUCUUGACAUUAUUCUUUGCCAUUCUUUAAAUAUUGUCACACCUUUAAUUAUUGGAAUUGUUUGAAACAAAAACAACAUUUUCGGUAACACGCUUAUCUUUAUCGUUGCAAUUCUUCCCCAUAGUGAUAAUUUCAUUCUUCCCCACACCGCUAAAUCACGUUUAAUUUUAUUCCAUAUUGGUACAUAGUUGUUUUGAAACAGAUCAAUACUCCUGGGAGUUAACGUAAUCCCUAAAUAUUUCACUUUCUUGACCACAUUCAUCUCUGUUUGUUGCUGUAUUCUUUCUAUUAUCUCUUGAUCCAAGUUCUUAGCAAUUAUUUUGGUUUUUUGCCUAUUUAACUUAAAGCCGGACACCUGUCCAAAAUGUUCUAUCUCUUCUAACACCUCUUUAACACUCUGCAUAGGAUCUUCUAUAGUUAUAACCAAGUCAUCGGCAAAGGCUUUAACCUUAUAUUCGUUACAACCAACUGUCACACCUUUUAUUUUUUCAUUAUUUCUUAGUGUUCUUAGGAAGACUUCUAGGACCGAGAUGAAUAAUAACGGAGAUAAAGGACACCCUUGUCUUGUACCCUUGGUUAUGGCAAUAUUUUCUGUUAUAACAUUGUUAACAAUUAGUUUCGCUCUCUGCUCCGUAUAUAUUGCCUUUAUACCACUCAAAAAAGAUUGACCCAUAUCCAUAUAUUCCAAAUUCUUUAACAUAAAUUCCCAAGAAAUGUUAUCAAAGGCUUUCACUGUCACUAUCAAUACCAAUGUCAAACUCUACAUCUGAAGUGGCAAAAAUGGGAUAACUGUGGAGAAUAUCUUUCUCUUUUCUAACAGUGUGUUUUACUUCCCUAUUGAGAAUCACUGUAUCAGUGUCAGGCAAUAAAACUCUGUAUUAUCCUUUCUCAUAACCCAUAAAAUUGCCAUGUGUACCACGUGUACUCUGCGGUGUCUCCACCCAUAUGUCAGACCCAAAUACUCUAAGGUGUUUGACAAAAGGUUCUCUCUGGAAAAGUUUCUCAUAGGGCAUACCUUUUACAUCUUUGGAAUAUUUUCUAUUCCAAGUAUAAACAUUCAGCAAUUCAGCCCAAAACUCUUGUGGCAAACUUGCACUUAGCAGUUGUGCUUUCAUGCCCUUUUGUAACUCUAUGUUCACCUUCACACACACAUCAUUGUUCCGUGAAGACUCCCGGACGGCAAUCUUGUUCACCUAGGAAAUGUUCUAAUUCCUGUGAAACAAAAACCUACUUUUCACCAGUGAAAAGACAUUCAAUUUUCGCAUCAUGAACAAAUUGCACCCUAUCACAAAAUUCUCUGAACUUUGUUAAAGUCUGAUGUUGUUUUUCUAGCAUAUCGAUCCAUGAAUACUGAGAAAAAAAAUCAACCAUAAUCAGGUAAUACUUGGCUUUGCCUCUAGAAGGUGAUAGAGGACCAAUCACGUCAGCAUACACUCACUGGAAAGCUCUCGUGACUACCUUACCAGACUUCUUGCCUCUUGGCUUUGUACCUGUAACACAAAAUGCAUCAUCACAUUUCUUACAGUCAUUACUGUCAAAAGAAAGUAAAUAAAGUCCAUCUUCUUGGUAGGCAUACAGGAGAUCUCUUCCAUCUCUGGUGAUCACGCCUCUCUCCUUGUUGAAAGAAACACUAAAACCUUGCUCAGUAAGUUGAGACACACUCAACAAAUUGUAAGACAGUCCUGGAACAUAAUGGACAUUGUUAAUCGUGGUUUGGAUGUUCUCCAAAUACACUGUUCCAAUCCCUAUAGCUCUCAAAGAUUGACCGUCCACUUGCUUGACAGUAUUCCACAACUCCUUGAAGGUUGUUAACAAACCUUUUUGCCCAGACAUGUGGAUUAUGGUUCCUGCGUCCACUACAAAGGCAUUGUGGUGUAACCAAAAGCAAGUGCUUGUGUAGGACGGGGCUUAGCACGCUCUCUGCCACUGGCCCCUCCCAUUCCAGAGCUCCUGGUCGCUUCUUUGGGCUUUUGGCCCUUCCUGCAAUUGCGUUGAAGGUGUCCGAUGGCCCCGCACUUGUAACACCGUGUGGCCUUAAGAGCAACCGCUCCCUCCUCCCUUUGAGCACCCAGAGGGGGGGCUUUCGAAGCUCCAUUCUCCCCCUCACUUGCCACAAAUGCUGCUUGUCUAUCAGCCUCUGACAGCAGCAUAGAACAAAUCCUCGUCACGGUGAGGUCUGCAACUGGCAGAGCUACAAGCUGUGACACAACAGUCGCGUACCUCCCAUCUAGGCUGUGGAUAAUCAAGAGACAGAAAACAGGUUCCGAAAGAUCAAAGUUCCUCUGCAUCAGCUGACCACGCAGAUACUUCAACUGCGUGAGAUGCUUUUGGAGGCAAUCUCCAGCUUUCAACUUCAAAUUAAAAAGCCGUUGGAAAAGCAAGUAAGCACUCCCUGCUUUGAGAUGAACAUCUCGUAAAGCCUGCCACAUCUCUUGUGCGGUGGCUAAAUCCCGGAUAUGAAUCAACUGAUCAUCAGACACAGACAGGGUGAUCAGUGCUUUCGCCUGCGUGUUCUGGUCACGCCAUACUCUAUCCGGCUGCAGUGGGAUCGGGUCUUCAAUCACGUGGAACAGCCGCUGCCUUACAAGAACGGCCUCCAUUUUCUGUGACCACGCAGCAUAAUUGUCGUCCGAUAAUGGCGGACACGACCGCAAUCUGACUCCUUGCUUGGAAUCCAUUUUGGCCUUUUACUUGCAGCCAAAAGGUCCCACAACAAUUUCUGCAGCAGCAAACAGUCUCCAGCAAGCUCGGGCAAACUCCCGGCAAUUAAGGCUUGCUUAUCUCUCUGAGGUUUAUAGCCCUCUUAAAUCAAAGGGUACUCACACAGUCCGACGGCACACAGCCAACUUCACUCUUCUCCGGCAGGAACGCAGCCUCGACACUAUAGGCACCCCCGGAACGAAGACUCGCCGUCGUUACUCCAGAGUAGCAGAGGGCACUGGAUCAUCAAACCAUCCUCUUCGUGGAAAACGCUCCUGGGGGGGACGGCAGACCCCCAGUACCUCCGAGCGUCUCCUGGUAGGCACGUCUCUGGAAUGGCAUGUCCCUUCACUCCAGAGUGCCCAUCUGCGACACUUCUGUUAUGAAGAAUGCACAAAAGUUUUCUGGCAUCACACAGCAAGAAGAUAGAGACAUCCGUAGAUCUAAACUGCGUUUUAUUCACAAUAUAUACAGAGAAUCCAUAAUCCCGUCUGUGUUCUCCAAACUCUGGCAGAAAACAGAAAGCAUACAGCAAAAGCGAAAGUAUAGUCCAAUAACACUCUCAGACGGAAGAGAUAAGACAGUCUUCCGUUCCCACACUCUUCUCAGACAUCUCAUGUGAUUUAUACUAAUCACACUAGCCAGCAUCGGUUACGUAAAAUCCUAACUGUGAGAUGCCGUGCGAGAUGGUGGGGAAAAUACUCAGACACUUGAAUCUAAGCUCUGUACACAUGAGGGGAAAGGAGUGGGAGUGAACAUGCAGCUGUGCAUUCCAGCACUUUGUUGCAUGAGAAAAUUGUGUACUUUUAACACAGGCUCACACACCUCCCUUUCUUUGAGAAAUAAGAACAACAAGCAUCACAGCAUAAUUGGGCAUUGGUGUGGAUCACCCAGCUCACACAGCAUCAUCUGCUUCAUGGUGGAGAUGCGAUGGUAUGCCCACUCCUUCACCAUAAAGAAAGGCAUGCCACCACAGGAUAAAGCAGCUUUCUCCAACCUAGGGUCCCCAGAUGUCGGACUACAACUCCCAUCAUCCCAUGCUCAUUGGGCUAGGGAUAAUGGGAUUUGUAGUCCAGCUGAAUCUGGGAACCCAAGAUGGAAAAACUGUCUGAUUCUUUCCCUGCCCAAACAAAGCUUUGGGCCGAGCCAGGGAAAUGGUGUUAAGAAGUCUCCCCUAUCCCAGCUUUGCCACUGAUUUCUGGGAGGCCGUUGGCAUUCUCUUUCUGUCUUUCAAAGACAUCUGGGCUGCAAGACACAAUGUUGAAAGGUGUUCUAGUAUUCCUUGGAAGGCACUGCAGGAAUGUAGUAUUAUAAGCAUCAACGUGGGGUCUGAUCAGAAUGCCAAGUAGCUGGAAACUUUCCAACCUCUAUAUGAUUUACGGUGGGUGCAAAGAAGCCUGUGCCAAAGCCAUUCAAGGUGUUCAUUGAUGCUCAGCACCCUUCACUCAGGCAACAACUCCUUUAGAGAUGCCAUUUCUGUUUAUGGAGGGAAAUUUAGCAGCCCCUAUCAACAGAUUUGCAUACUGAUGGUUGAUUACUUCUAUUAAGUGUUUGCGUCUCCCCGACAUUCGUUUGCAUCUGUUUGCUUACUAUUUAGACAUCUGAGCAAUUAAAUUACAUUCCUGUGACUUGAAAUGUUUUGUCUUGUUUUAUUAAACACGUUUGUAAAAGGAUGAGGGGGGAGGAGAUAUAAUAACAUUAUAAGAGAAUUCUGUGUGGGAACGAGGGAGGGAACAGCCUUGAGGUUACCUGCUUCUAAUAUGUGGGGAAUUGCAGAAGUUAAAGCCUUCCCAUUUGCCAGUAGGUUAAUCUGUUAACUCCUGAGUACAGAAGGUUUAGAAGAGUGGAUCCUGUUGUGAUUUAAUCUGUUAGGAGGCAGGGUUAAGAACGAAGGCAGGUGCCUGAUAACAGAAAUCUGGCCCAAUUAAUCAUACACAUUUUUGUUGAUUAAUUGAUUCACAUUUGUGUAUGGGGGGAAUGUUCUGAAGCCAUAAAAAGAAUUCAAAUGUGAAAGCAAAUAAAAUAAAAAGAACAUUCCUUGUUUUUAGGUGACGAGAGUGUGUCUUAGAAUAGGCGCCAUCUCAGAAUAGGCGUUCCCUCUUGCGUGAAGGGAAAAACAGAACACCUCUUUUACAAUACAGCUUGCCAUCUUUAGGGUGUAUUUUUAUUUUUACUGUUUAGUACUUUUAUUAAAGAACUUCUUUAAAAAAUCUGCUGCCCAAUUAAUUGGUGCAUCUUUUGUCAUUCAAUAAGUUCAUUAAUCUUACCCAUUUACAGCACACUUCUACUCAUGUCUGACAAGGCCUGUUGAAUUAAAUGAGAGCUACUCCCAGGUAAAGUGGAUUAGGAUUGCAGCCCAUUAUGGAAGCAGAGGGUGGUAUUCAACUGAUGUAGAGCAGACCCACUGAAAUUAACGGGCCCAAUUUAGUCAUGUUCAUUAAUUUCAUUCCCUAAAACUUGGUUGAGUAUUACCCAUCUAACUCCAGCAGCUUAUCAAGUUCAAAUUACUCAUUUUAACCUUGAUAGUUUUAUAUGGCUGCAUUUUGAAACUACAUGCAGGUAAUUUGUUAGGCAAGUGUUCACAUAACAAUUCCACAAUUUCCAUUGAUUCCCAUAGGAACAUUUCUAAUCCAUGAUUUCUCCAAUAUCUAUCUCUCUCUCUCUCUCUCUCUCUCUCUCUCUCUCCCCCCCCGCCCAUUUCUUUCUGAAAUGGCUGCAGCCAACCAGCAAAGAGAUAAAGGGGAAACUUAUUUACCUGAUCUCUCCUGCUCUCUGAUUUGUCUGAUACAGCUGUUUGGAUAUCUGAUUCCUUGCAGGGUUUAUAGGGAGGUUUGGGCAUAGUUUUUACAUAGUGAGCAGGCAGGACCUGCAUGUAUUGGACGUCCUUUGCUUCUAAUGAUCUUCAGCCUAAAUUUAUCGAUAGCUAUGUUUACAUCUAUAUAAUCUACUACUUCAAAGAGAGAUACAUAUCGGCUUUUUUUUUUCCUCUGCAGAGAAGAAGAACUUCUGUAUUUAAAUUUCAUCCAAGACAUAACAGAUGAGAUUCUUAAACUCGGAUUGUUUUCCAACAGGUUUGGAUAUAUUUGAGGUUAUUUUAAUUUUUUCAGCGAUGCUGUGAAAUGCAUUAUAUAAGUGAUUGGGAGCUGAAGUGGUCUGGUCAGGCGUCUAACAGACAAGAGGAAACCAAAAACAGUUCUAUAGGAAGGAUCCAGCAAAACUACUUACGUUUUUUCCCAAGGAUCCUGCAGCCCCCUGGAGCAGGUACAGGGGGCUUCAGAAGGAAUCAAGAAUCACCAAUAAUUGCUUGCCCCCUGCUUUUCAGUCAUUUCAGCCUCCACUGGAUCAAAGAGUGUUGUAUUAGCAAAGGGAAAUAAUUGGACAUGACCCUUUUCUCUCUUUUUUUAGUCAUUUAUAUCCUGUCCUUCCUUCAAAAGGAGCCCUGGGCAGUAAACAUAUCUGCAAUAAAAAUACAGCUAAAUAAAUAAAAAAAAUAAAAACCUAUUCAAACAUUCAAAGGGUGUUAAAAACAUCUAAAAGCAGUUAAGGGCAAUUAAGCAUGUAAGGAGUCGUGUAUCUGAAUAACCUGCCCCCAAAACAGAAGCAUUUUAAGCAGGUGUCAGAAAGAAUACAUGGCAAAUGCCUAAUGUCAAUAGGCAGGGAGUUCCAAAGGACAUUUUCUUCCACCCUAAGGCCAGACUCCUGAUGAAUGCAGAAUGGAAACUGCAGGGCACUUGUAGAAGUGCAAGUUCUGCAGGUGCAAGUGACCGAGUCAAUUACUGACUUUGUGAAUAACUUUUUAAACUUUUGCUUAAUGGCGUUUUAUUUUAUUGAGAACUAUUCCUGGCAAAGAAUAAAUAAGAGAAUCUUAGCUGAUGCUUCUUCUUUUCUUUUUUCUAGAAAACACUUUUAAAUGUUGGUGUUUAGACACCUUUAGCAAUUUUUAAAAAUUGUUUCCUUCUGAAAAAUGACCAGCACCUUCAUGGCAAAAUGUUUCUUCUUUUUUUAAAAAGGGCUCUGGAAAGGUUAUUUGAGCGUCACAUAGAACAAAAUAAGAACCACCUGGAUGAGGUAUGUCCUGUGUAUACAAGGCCAUUUGAUAAGGCCACAUAAGAUUAAUGCAAAUGCUGUUGUUAUCCUGUUCACUGAGUACACCCACUUUGCUCUUCCCUGGGAAUGACCAGGCAAACAAACCACAAAGAGCACGAUGACCCAGCCUGAGAUUAUUUUGCCCUAACAAACCUUUAUCGCUAAGUCAGCAACAAACCGUGGCUUAAGGCUGGAUGGCAAUUGUGGGUUAUUACGCCAAAACAAACAGGUUAGGUUUGUAGUUUAUUUACCCACUUGAGCAAAGCAGACUCACAUGGAGCAUUCGUGAACAAGCAUGACCUACUAACUAAACCAUAGUUUUUGGCUUUGCAUUAAAUGCAUAGACAACUACUGACUGACAUAAGCACUUGGCUCUGUGAAUCUGUUUUUUCUUCUUCUGUAUAGUAGAAAACACACACACACACGUGUACGUAGAGAGUUCCUUAUUUCAUAUACAUGUUAUAUAGACCCAUUUAAGAAUUUGUACUGGACUGUUCAUUCUUGGAUGUGUUAUCUUCUUCUUUCUUUGGCGAUCACUCAUAGCCGAGUAAGUUUGUCUUCCAUGAACACGGUUUUAACAGUGAGUCCGUAAGUGACUAUGGAGGCCAAUUCUGAAUCCACACGUCCUUCCACAGUGGGGACAUUGGUUUCCAGGCGGGAGUUGAUCACUGUGUGGAUUUGCCAAGCGUGCCUUCCUCUUAGCACAUUUCUCCCUUGCAUCCUGAGUUCGAGUGUCUUCAAAGCCCAUGACACCUUUGGUAAAGGCUGUUCUCCAACUGGAGCGCUUGCAGGCCAGUGUUUCCCAGUUGUCAGUGUUUAUCCUACAUUUUUUAGAUUUGCCUUGAGAGAGUCUUUGAAACUCUCUCGUUGACCACCAGCAUUACGCUUACCAUUUUUAAGUUUGGAAUAAAGUAGAUGCUUUGGAAGAUGAUAAUCGCACUUUGAAGCGAAUGCAUUAUAACAGGGAAUAAGCAGGUUUUUAAAAUAUAUAUUUCAGAAACAGUUACCUAGAAAAGCCUGGGUUGAAAAUGACCUAUUUGAUUAUCUUUCUGAUAGUUAAAAACAAAACCAUUGUACCAUAUAUAUAUAUAUUUAAAAAUAAAUAAAUCUAAAAUUGUUUUUCCAAACUCUCGUAUUAUUUCCUCCUUGAAAUCUUAGACCAAAAUGCGCCACCUGCUGGAGAUUCUGAAAGUAGACUUGGGCUGCAGCAAAGAGGAAAAGCCGGCGGGAGGCUUGGACAUGUUUGGUCUGCGCAGGCCUGAGCCAGCUGAGCACCGCCAACAUCGCAGCAAAGCUCAAAGACAAAACAAGCCAGCAAAAUGCGAGGUGCUGUUAAAAGCGGUGGGUUUAAAUGGAAACGAUCCCUCUGUAUCUCCCGUACACAGCGAUGACUCUGAGAAGGUGGAGGGCAAGGCUGGCUUUUCCCCAAAUCUGAGCGAACCAGUGAGCGUGGGGCUGGAUCCUUCCUCCUUUGUGGUCACCAAUGAAACUGCAGAUACCUCGUGCACGUUGCCGCCGGCGCUCAGCUCAACCACCUGCGACGCUGACUUUGAAACGAGCGACUCUUUGAGGGAAGUCGACGAGCUCAAAGAAAGCUUUGCAGAAUCCCUUCCCAUCUCCACCGACAACAUGCAGUAGAACUAGCAGAAAAGCACCAAGCCAGCCAGCGGUGCAGAUAUCUGAACUUUGCAAACUAAAUAAAACAAUAGCAAAUGAUCCCCCCCCCCUUAAAAACCUUCUCUUUUGGAUGCACUCGUAAAAAAAAGGGCCCGAGUAUUUUACGAAUCAGGCUGUAGCGAACUGAGUCCUCUCACACACACACACGGUAGUGGGCAGCUGACAUGUAAUGUAACACAAUGAGAUUAUCUGCUGAAAACUCUUGAAUGUAGAACUUUUCUAUGUAUUUUAAAGGCAGGUGUGAUUUAUUUAUAAGAUUUAUUUAUAAUAAAUGAAUAUAACAUUUGCAACG